AUGGCUAUGGAUUUGAACUUUUCUCAAGAGUCGUUCGCUUUCAGUGACAUCGCUCCUCCAUCUCAUGUCAGUGGCCUCGAGUCGUUCUCGGAUUUUGAUGCCAGCGAGUGCAGCGAGACUUCUUUCGCUGAAAUAGCCGUUAAAAAAGAUGGUGAAGCUAAAGAUGGAACUGCUUCUACUGAGACGGGAAUAUCUCAACCCGUUAGUUCAUUGGAGAAUGCUGACGACGGGUGAGCUGUUGUGAUAGCUAUGGUCGAUUUCCAUUGUUUUCAACUACGCUUUAAAAGCUUUUUGUUGGUUUACUUAUACCAGAACUAAGCAACAACAUGGAAACGUAAAAAGAUUUAAUUGUCCACCGAAGUAAUUUAAUUUUCUUUAAACAAUGUUUGAGUUAAUUUUAACUAUCCUGAUUCUCUUUGAUCUAUAAUUGAUAACUCAUGCAAUUAGAACAUACACUUAAUUUUAGUGUUGAAAUUAGGGUCAACAGAUCGAUUUAUGCGGAAGUAAUAAGUCACUUAGAACAAACUUAUUGAACUAUGUAUUGCUCCGAAUUAACUCUUAAGUUAUCAGUUUGUAAAGUUUAUGGUCAUUAUACUUUUUGUAUUUUAUAAUUUAUUUUAUUAAUUACAGUUUUCUCCAAUACAGUAAGAAAAAGCAUAAACAUAUACACUGAAAAAAUUAGUUUAGGAGGAGAGGGAAGCUGAACCUGAAAGAACCUGAAAGAAUUUUGUGGUGUUUGUCAACUUUUUGUUGCAACAUCAUUUUGUAGCUUUGAUACUAAUUCACUCUGUGGCAGCAAAAGGUAAUCAUGAAAGGACACACGUAAAAAGUUCCCUGAGAAAGCGAACAGCUUUCUCUGCUUUUUCUGCAAAGUGAACACUUCAAUCGUUCAGCUUUUCCAAAGUUAGAUAAAGUGUGCGAGGCAAUUGGGUGAUUCCAGAAAAUAUCCAUACCAUACCAUGGGCGGCAUCUUGGAAUUCCGAGGGAGAGGGGGGGUUUCUUGGACUGAAAUUCCGAAGACGUGGGGGGGGUAACGCAGUUUGGAAUUCCAAAGGCAUGGGGGGGUGUUUCAGCUCUGAAUUCAGUGAAUUUCCAGAGGAAAGACGGCGAAAGCUCUGCUUGAAAUCACUGACCUGUUAACAUUCCCAGUUUGUAAAUGAAGCACGAACCGACCACGGAAGAAGUAUGCGUUCAUGCAGAUGGGUAAGCAGAUGGGUUGUGCAGCAAGCUCCACAUCGAAGAGGCCUUAAAGUUGAUGAAUUAGUCAACUGAUUAAUAAAAAUAUAACCAAGUCGGUGUUUCUCGCCGAUUGUCGAUCGACGAUGUGUUGUUGCGUGCUGAAAACUCGCACCAGUCUCUCGUUUCCAAAUAGAACGCCUGACAGAUUUUGUAUUUCACGCCGAUUUUCAUGCCAACAUGUAGGUAGUAAAAUCAGACAGCGUGCCUUUUGAUGCGCUGUUUAAUUCAAAACUGUUUAUGCGCAAGUGUUUUGAUCAUUCAGUUCUAAAUAGUUAUUUUUCGUCGAAAUAACUAUUUAUUCCAGGAGCUGAUAUCCUUAAACGGACGUAUAUUUUAAAGUUCUAUUAGGUGGUAAGCAGCUUAAAGAUAAUGCUUAGAAGGAAUAGCUACGGUGUACUAACGUUAACAAACUUGAGUUGCUUGAUCGUCUGAGUAAAAAUUGUGAACAGAAUUCUUUUGCAGAGGGAAAAAGUGCAAGUUUCUCGUUCGUUUGAAGAUUUAGGCAGACGAACAGGAAUUCCAAAGGGUCUGAAACAAAAGUGGAAAAUUCCGGAGGAGAGGGGGGGUUAGCGAUUUUGGAAUUCGGAGGGCGAGGGGGGGAUAAGCAUUUUGGAAUUUCCGAGGGCAAGGGGGGGUUAAAAUACUCAUGCCACCCGUGGUAGGGUAUGGAUAUUUUCUGGAAUCACCCAUUGUUUAACAAAACGAUCUGUAGUUUCGAACAUUUCGAUCAUUUGGAUCAUUUCAUAGUACAAUACCAUACUCUCGGCAAAACAAACCAAAGGCGUUGAAUUUCUGCCACAAUGGAUAUCACGAUUCCAAAGAAAACAUGACAAUUAUUUAUUACUUUACUGCAGUAAUUUGAAAGAGCCUUUCGUGAAAACAUUCCUUACUUUACUUUAGUAUAUUUUUUUUUUCCAGGAGCGCUUUAAGUUGACACAGUUGCGGUCUUAAAUUACACGGCUCUUUUGCGAAACACACUACGAUCGUUAUUUUUUUGAAGUGCUACUUUUUUAUCGAAAUUGUGCACAUUUCCUCGCUUAAAAGGUUACCUUUGCACAAGAUAAUUUUACAUGUACCGUUUCAAAAUUCACCGAUCCUUAUUUUGCAAAACGAGCUGCAGUGUGCAUUUUAAAAAAACAUGAAAGUAUUUUUAGUUUAUCUUUUUUGUUUACACGUGUUAUCUAUACAUCCCUGUCAUUGUAAACCAGCAAGAACGAAACAGUUUUAGGGUUUUGAAUGUUUAAAACUAUGUGCCUAAAGUAUAGAUUAGUGAUCUGCUGACAAAUACAGAAAGUGGCACAGCUAUUUUAUUGUCAGAAUAAAUUUUCACGUGUUUGGGGCGAUCUCGCAAAAUGACCCGAUGAUCGUUUGUGAAACUCCUUCAAACAGCUACUGAAAGAAGCGAAACAAACGAACUGUCAGAAACGAUAGAAAUCACCAGAAAAGGAUAGAAACGAUGCAAACGAAAAAAUCGCCAAACGAUAAUGUAAACGAUUCAAACGCUGAGCGUAACGCCUUGCUUGACCUUGAUCUGACCUGUUGAAUAAUUUUGUCUGCAAAAUUUUCAGUGAAAUAUAUCUAUGAAAGUAAAAACGACUGAAGAAGUUCUUGCGUCUUGCUGGAUUCAACGCAAGCGCCCUACGAAAAGCCGCACGAACCUGUCAGCUUGUGGACGCAAAAAGAAGUUCUUGCACAUGCAUUUUUUUUGGGCUGUAUGUUUUGUAAUCAGGUAGCUAUACUUUUCCAUAUAUUCAUUCUUUUUCUUGUGAGAAUCGGAUCGGAUCACAACUUGCAUAUUUUUAAAAAUAUAUAUAUAUUUAAUUUUGGUAAACCUUUAAGCGGUUGCAGGCGGUAAGAAGUGUUGCUUCAGGCGGUAAAUUUUACCGGUUACCGUCUGAUAAGGAGAACACUGUCAUCUGAGAUUCUAAUUCUGCAUUCUUGAUAUCAGCAUACUUGGGUUUAUGCUGCUCAACUAGGGAUGAGCACCAUGUGAUGGUUUCUCCGCCUGGGACUUUCUCAAAUAUGUUUUCUUUUACUCCCUGCUCAGGCCAUUCUUUGAGAGGUUUUUGCAGAUGAUUUGGGACUGGGCACGGUUUCCUGGCUACUGGAAUAGCUUCUGGAUCUGUCUCUAGCUUGACUUCUAUCUCUUUGCCUGUACUCUUGUCUCAGAAGCAUCCUAUGCCUUGGAACUUAUCAUUGUAUUCACUGAGUAACGCGUCAAUGUCAUCUGGUGGCUUCACUGACUUGAUUCUAAGCUCAUCGGUGCAUGUAUCUUUAAGUGUUCCGUCGGGAUUAAUCUUGAUCAUUGCCAGUUCAAUUAGUGCAUUCUUGCUUAAAAGUGGAGGAGAGUCCAUUUUCCCCUCAAUCACUGAGCACUUGCUUUUUGCUCCUUGAUUCUUGUUUCGAAUUGUUGUAUGAAAUUCACCUUUAACUACACCUGUAUAUAACUACCAUAUCAGUUUGGAGAGUCUUCAAUGUUUCUUUGCUUGGAUCUACAUUGUAGUUCUCUGAUUUCCUUUGAUCUGUGUUUUAGGGCUCCAAAUUGGUACUCGUCCAUUGUGUUCACACAUGCUCUGCUGUCAGGUUCCACAUGCGCAUCAGUGUCUCCUAUUUUGAUAAAAACAGAGUCCUGAGUUCUACCUGAUCUCAGUUUCUUUGCUCAAUGUAAGACAAUCAUGUCGUGCUGUCUGUUGAAGGUAUUCGCAAUCUGAUUCGCUGCUUGUGUCAGUGUCUGCCUUGGUUGUUUUCUUGACAUUUUUUUUCAUGACUCUUUGCCUUUCUCUUGUCUCUUGUCUGAUCGUGCUGUGUAGUUUAUGAUACUUUCUCCUAGUUGUUGCUGUUGGUUGCUGAACGUGUAUCUCGCAUGCUGUUUGUUUUUAUCCAGUAACAAGUGGUCGUUGAGUUUCCUGAUUAAUUUCUUGAUGUCGUCGUCGUCUUCAACAGGAGCGGUAUCUGGAAGGUUUCGGGCAAGUUUCUUGAUUUCUUGUCUGUCGUCGAUUUUGAAGUCACUUUCUUUGUCUUUCACGCCCUUGAUUUCAAAAUAUUUUGUUUCUUCUUCAAAGUCGAGCUAUUUUUGCCACUCUCAGCCAGUCUCUAAGGGGUUCUCUGGAAUCUUGAAGGAGUUUAUUCUAAGUGAUUUCUGAAAGUUGAGACUUGAAUUUCUGCUUGUGUUGCUCAUGGUUCCUUCGUUUGGUAUAAUUUUGUUUUCUGACACGAGGUCUGUACAAUGUCCAUUGCUCUUGAUAAUUUCUUCUUUCUUGUUCACUUCUAAUCUCGCUAGUAUUCUCUCCGUUGGCUUCCUCUUCUCUUCUGCUUUUGAUUUUCUUCGAUCUUCUUUUGAUUUUUCUCUUCUUGCAGCAUGUAUUCGUCUUCCUUGUUGCCAAUGUAAUAUCCACUAUGCACACACCGCCUUGAUAGUUGUAACAAUUUUUAAUGGUAAACAUCAUGUGAUAUUUAGAUACAGAAUGUGUCCAAGGUUACGCAGGAUACCACAGUCUUGACUUCAUGACAGAUCAUGUCAUGUAAAUUAGACCCAUGAUAUUCGUAUAACUCAUUGUGGAAUAUUGUAAGUGACAUCUGUGUACCUGUGGAUGGUCGAAAGUCAUGACGUAUGCACGUCAUGCACAAUAGUCAUAAGCAAAAAUUGCACCAUCUAAAUCAGCCUUAAAGGUGGUCGUAAGUAGAGCUGUCCGUUUAUGAGGGUGCCUGUCUGGAGGGUUUCCAUUGUAGUGUUUUGUUGUUAUUGUAGUUGUGAAUAGUAUUUUGAGUGGUAGUAUUGAAAUUUAAAUUUUGUCAAUGAACAAUUUUCCACCCUAGACAAUGUUUAAUGACAAAUGCCCCACUGUGGAAAUACACAUGUAUAUGACUCAAACAAUACCCAGGGGGGAAGAGAAAGGUAUACUGUGCAUAAUUUUCUUUAUAAUAGGACUGCGUUUAAUGUAGAGGUAUUCCACUGGGGAACUUUUUGGCAACACUGUGGAAAAAAGACUUCCCUGCAAGGCUGUGCUCCAAGACAAAUUCUAGGGAGCCUAAUGCUCUGAAUGUGUGGAGUCCAGGGUACCCAGCAUUUGAGUGCUACAUGUAUGCAAAAGCUAAGAUUUCCUAGUUGCCUAAGAGCAAAAUUUAAGCUCCAUGGGCCUCUGGGAACUGCUAGAGCACAUCCCUGUUCCUGCUAUAAAGUUGACAUUGUAUACUUUUAUCAAACUUUUUCCAUAAUAUCAUCAAGCCUGUGCUCGUCGAAACAUGUAUUUCCAUUGUAUGCUGUACAUAUUACUUUAAAUAUCAUUCUUGGUUGUUUACAGAAGGUUUUCUUUGGGACUGGAGGGUCUGAAUGCUAACAAUAUCAAUGAGUUCUUUGAAGCCAUACAAAAUGCCGAGUCACUAGGUAAGGAAAACAAACUCUGAAAAGUAAAAUGUAAAGUUUGUGAAAUUUAAUUUAUACGUACACAUGUUAUUACUAGAAACUAAAAAAGUCAAGCAGAUAAAUGAAAUUUAAUACUUCAUGAUUGUCUCCCCUUAUGGGACUGGCAGGGAUAAUGGAACAGAUAAUAAUUCAAGUGGAACAUAACAUGCUUAAGAAUCCCAAUUAGGGUAGUUUCUUGUUUCUGGAUGGGUGUGGUCAUCAUGUCAUAAUACAAAAGACUGAAGAGAAAAUGAAUAAUACCCCACCACAAAAACAUUUAUACAUGUAGCUAACCAACAAUAGCUUCCAUAACACCAUCAACACCAACAUUAUUUGAAGGGUUUCAAUGAAAUUUGAAGUACAGUGUAGGGUAACCAACUGUGCAUGUAUCAACUCUUGAACAGUGUGUGUUGUACAAGGUGAAAUCAAUUAAUUAUUGUAAAAUAUGAAUGUGAUGACGAACCAUUGUUCUUGUUUCGUAGGAAUUAUAUCAACUAGUAAUAGUGGCAAGAGUUUAACUGCAGAUGAGAGUUCACUUGGUAUUUUACAGUUGGAUGGUCUUCCAGGUAAAAUGAGUUUUGCAUGAGAACAAAAUGAUCGUCUGAAAAAAAAUUGGCUUGUAGUUGGUCCUAAGUGCUCAAAAAUUUUACCCAGUAUUAAUUUUAUUAUGGGUAAAAUGAGUUUUGCAUGAUGACAAAAAUAAUGAUCAUCUGAAAAAAAAGUUUUUUGUUUGUAGUUGGUCCUGAGUGCUCAAAAAUAUUACCCAGUAUUUAUUUUGUUAUGGGGUAAAGACCCCCUUUGAAGAGGUAGUGAUGCUAAAAAUUGAUUGCAAUUUUAGUUGGCAUGGUAACCAAGUGGUCACAUCUUGGAGUACUGCAACUGUUUUGUACAUGUAUGGUUGUGAACAGUUACAUAAUGAAGGUCCAUUCUCUUGUAGAAAUCUAUAUUUAGAUUGUUGCAGAAUUGCCGCUGUUAUGUUUUCUCUAACCUUGUAGGUAUUUUUCCUCCUCACAUUAGAAUUUGGUGACAAUCUUAGUUCUGAUGCUUUACAACAAGUUUCCCUACCUCAGGACCGAACUUUAGUUGGUGAUGAUGAUGAUGAGGAUGAAGUUGUAAUAAAUCACAGUGAAAUCACCAGGAACCCUCAAGGGGAUGAUAUUCCUUUUACCAGUGAUGGCGGUGAUGCUGGAAAUUUGACCCCUCCUGUCAACAGGGAUACCCUGGUGCAGUUUGAAGAAGAGAGACCAGAUACAGGUAUUCAUGAACAUUUUUUACUAUGUAAACUGAUAGAGUUCUAAAGUGUGACAUCACAAAAAAUUAAAUUUGUGAAAUUAUGGGAUUUGUCAAGAUACAUGUAUUCUGAAAGAACAACAUCCCAGAUACCAACUUGCCAAAAACUAGCAUUGUGGGUCUAAACGUUUAGACCCAUAAGUCAAAUUUAAAAUGGUUUGUAUGGAGUCAUCUGACCUUAACUGGGCUUAAAAAUAUCUCAAGGGCAAUUUGCCCUGAAAUGCUAAUUUUUGGCAAGAAGGCUCCUUGGGUGUCGUUCUUUCAGAAUAUCUUGACAAAUCCCAUAAUUUCACAAAUUUAAUUUUUAUGAUGUCAUCACUUUAGAACUCUAUUAUUUAGAUGAGAUUUUCAACUGACCUCAUAAUUACAGUCAUGUGCAACUGCCUGGUUCACCUCCCAUGAGCAACCACCGAUCCAAAGUACCAAAAUUUUGCCAUGCAAAGCCCAUAGAACCUCUUGUAAGUGAGCACUUCUGAGCAACCGCAAGUGACCACUUUUUGGCCUGACAAUUUAGUAGUUUGAGUUUUCUAUUGCUUUUAACCUCUUGAAAGCAGUGUGGCCUCUUUGUUCACUGUAUGUAGAGUACUGUUUGCUAUGCCACUCAUAGCCUAUACAAAGAACUUGAAUAUUGCUUGCAAUUCUUGCAUUUGUGUAGAGAGAAGUCGUAACGUCAUGUUGCCACGGUAGCAAAAUUUUUUAUAACAACAAACCAAAAACGUCACUUAAAAAGUAAUUUCGCACAGAUUCAAACUUUAUUGAUCUUACUCAAUUUUAUUCAAUUUGGCAAAUGUUGGCGAAAUUUUCUCAGGUUGAAUCCAAAAGGACCGUAUCUAAGUUUAGAAGAGGAAAAAGACAGCUUUUGUUUUGCGUUCACCUACUUCAUGAAGCAAGUAUGUGAAAUUAGGAAGUUUCAUGUUGCAGGGGUGCUACAAAGGCAAAGAAAUGUACAAAAGAACGUGAUGCACUGGCAAAUUUAUUGUUUUGUCAAUAAAAACCUUUUACUUUUUUGCCGUUCUCCUUUUGUCGCUGUUGUCAUUGGUUGUGUGGUCAUCCAGCAUUAGUGCUACCAUGGUGACGUGACAUCAUACUUCUCUCUAUUGUUUAGUGUCUUUACUGUUACAGAAACAAUUUGCAUGUAAAUUUGGGCAAAGCUGCUGCCAAAGAAUGCGAAACGUCUAUUUCUAAGUUCUAGUUGCAGCCGGUCUCUCAAAAACACAUUUGCUGAAGCUCCUUAAUAUCUUGCCCAAGAACACAACACAGUGAACCCCAGCCAGGGCUAAAUGAAGGCUUCUUCACCUGGAGUCCAAAGCACUAACAUGUAGUAUUUGGCCACUACACCUCCCAUGGUGAUUUAAUGUUUUGCACUUUCACUGCUUUAUAGGCAACUUGUAACAGUAAAGGUCCUCUUCACAGAGUUUAAAUUCUAUUUUUCACUUUCAGGCCAAGAUCCUGACACUUUUUUCAGUUCCCACAACAAACAAGUGCAAAAUACAAAUGAUGCUGUUACUGCUAAUGAACCUGACAAUGAGGAGGAGCCUUUACGUCAUAGCUAUGGACAAGGUAAUUUCUUAACCCUUUAAACCUUAAGAUCAAAAUUUGAAUUCUUGUUUGUUGCCCCUAUUCAUUUCCUACAGAAGUAGUGGGGAGAAGUUGAUAAAAUAUCAAGCAAUCAUUUUUCUGAAUUUGGAAUAAAGAUUCAGCUUGGAAUGGCUACCAGUGGUGUGUGAGAAAUGUAAUCAUUGUCAACCCAUCGUUAAAGCUUGAUGUGCUUCAAGCAACUUGACCUAGACUAAAAAUACCCAGGGCUGGAGAGCUGAACUCAAGACUCACAGGAAACAAGUCUACAUACAUGUAGUGGUCAGAGAGAGUAAUAAGAGUUUAAUAAGCAAGACUGUCAGUUCUAGAUAUGUAAAAUGUAGACAUUCAAGUUAGUGCAGAACCUGCUCACUUAAACCCUCAAAUGCACGCUUAUACAUGCAGUAGCCAAGGGAAAACCCCUGGCCCCCAGCUCUUUGUGACAACCCCAGGGGCACUGUCCAAAGUAAUUUUUCCAGGACCUCCAGCCCUUUGAUUAGUUCCGCUCCCCCCCCCCACUCUUGGUGUAGGUCCCGAUCUUCUUUACUUCAGCUGCCGUGACUUAUUGUGUGAUUUGCAGAAGAGCUGGAUAUGAUGUUACAGGGAAGAUCAGGCAGUGGUGAUGGUGGGGAGUUGAUUGACAGAGUGUCUUUAACCUCAAGCAUCAGCUUUAUCCAAUCACAAACUUUCCCUGAAAGCAUCUUUAGUCAAAGCUUUAGCAGGUACCACUGUAUGUCUUCAUGUUUGUACAGCAGAGACUGACUCUUCAUUGAAUAAACCUGGGUACAUGUACACUGUAGGACUGACAAAGGGCUGGUACUUUGGUGAUAAGGAUCAAUGGGAAAGGGUGUCUUCUGGUCCCAUGUCAUUUCUAAACCAGGGAAUUCACUUUCAUUGUUUUUGAGCUGUCAUGCAGGUAUCACUGUGAUGCUGAUUUUUUAAUCCAUUCACAGUCCCAGGAGUCUCAAUUUGAAACUUAAAAAAUUCUUAACACAAGAGUAAAUUCUAGUACACAGCUGUAUACACUAGUACCAGCAGUACAAUGUACAUGUACCUUUUGAUUUUAAUGCUGAAGAGGAUGUUUUAUUUGAACUUGGUCAUGCUGUAGAAUUUCAUUUUAGAUUGGAAUCUAUUAUGAUACCUUUUCAAAAUACUUCUGAAGCACUGUAAGUGGUUUUAUAUGAAUGCAUGGUCAUGUUUUAAGAUUCUCACCCAGCUCAAAAGUGAGAACUAUGUCUCCAAAUAAUGACUCUUCUAGCUAUAGAGCUGAUAUGGUGUCAACAAUUUAUGGUUUGUUUUUGCCAUGUCUUGCAGCCGUGGCCUUGGAAGUGGAAUGGACUCCCGCUCAGAAAGUGAUGGCCAGGAAGACAAUGAUGAGCACACAGUACCUCUGUUGCAUGGUGCGGGUGACGGCAGCCAUGGCAGCAUGACAGGGCGUCCAGGACUUGAGGGAGCUAACUCUGAUGCAGAGGAUUUGCCAACCAUGGGCAGAGUUCCUUUGGAUGCAAGUGCGAGAUUAGAAGCUCAAGGGCUUGGUGCGUGAUUAUAUUAAUUUUUUUGUGCGUUGAGUUGAAAAUUUUAAAACAGGUACUGUACAGACAACCCAUGAUUGUAACAAUCAUAAGCGCUUUGUUUAACUUUUACAUGAUGAAAAUGUGGGAACUUUCCUUCCAUGAAAAAUAAAGAGAAUGUGUAUUGCAUUUGUUGACCUAAUAAAUUAUCAUCAUUAGGAAUACCUGUGAUAUUAUUUUCAAAGGCACUACUCUGUAAUGUGUUAAAAAAGAAUUCAUGCCUUUCAAUUUUGUUAUACUCUGUAAAGUAAUUUUGGACCGUACAAAAGAGUUAAAUAAUCACGGCCAUAAGAAGAAUGAAAGAUCUGUUUAUAUAUAUUUUUAUGAAUUCUGCUUCUUUACAGACCAUGUAUAUUUUGUUAUUGUUACCUUUAAGUAUAGGAUAUUGGUUUGCCAAAAUUGCUACCUACUUGAGAAAAUAAUUGUUAAUAUUAACUUGAAAAUACAACCACCUUCCCUCUAUCCUAGUCUGUUCUUAAAAAGAACAACUCUGCUUGUUCAUCAGAAUUACGUCAGUCAGCAGAAGGUGUGGAUGUUCUCCCUGAUGUACUGGGAGAUGGGGGAGGAGGUGGUGAUGGCAGCAGUGGAAACAAUAGUGAUGCUGAUGAUGGGGGACCUGCUGGUAAUAAUGUACACUGUUUAGUAUUAUGCACUGUGUAACGAAAUUAAGCAGCCUGAUUUGGAGUUGUCAAUGUCGCUGGGAUGGGCACUAAGUGUCCAUCUUAUAGAGAGUCAGGAUUAAAAAAAGGCAGGGAUCCACUCUAGUAUAGGUGUCCAAUUUACAGAGGUGUCAGUUGAGAGAGAGUUGACUGUUUUCAGAAACCCAUAAGGGGUUGAAAUGUGUAACUCGCGUUCAAUGCUCCUGAAUAUUUGUUUUGACCAUAUUUGGAAAUGGUAGUGACGGAUAUAUCCAUUUUCAACAAAAUCGCUGCUGCGCGAUCACCAUGCAGAUGUUUUAAGACAAGAGUUCUGCAUUUCAAGGUUAAAAAUACACCGUUAAAAGACAAAAUAUGGAAAGAGAAAGUUCAAAAGAAUGCUCAGCUUUCUUUUUAUGGAGAAAGGGAAGCUUUUCAUCAAGAAAUCGUCCUUCGAUGAAUUCAACCUUGUUUUCUUCUCGGCGGAGCCCAUGGUCUGUUUUGAAAUUUUCAAGAAACGGCUUCUCUGUCUAUUGUUUUGAGUUUGUUCAUUCAUAAAAUUAGCUCAAAAUCACUGUCAAAAUACGACCGUGACUACGACAUCUAAGUUUAAUUUAAGCUUUUAAAAUGCUUCUCACAUACAUUACAAGCAUCACUUUUUGCGAAGAUGUCAGGUUCAGGUUUUGGACACUUUCGAUACGCAGCUAAUGAAUUUUAUUCGAAAAUAUUUUUCACUGUUUAUUCUAGACUUUUAACAUAAGAAUUUUAAAAGCCUAUAUUUUGCAGUAUAAGUUUACUGUGCGGAGGGUCAACGAGGCAUCGUUUUUUGAAGAGACAACUUCAAGAAGUUGCGAGGCUGUCAAUGGGUUUCAUAAUGUUACGUUUGGCCCUGGUGGUAAGGCAAUAAUAUCCUGUUCAGUGUUUCGGUAAUAUUCCUGGUUUCAACCUUUAAAAGCUUUCUCGGCUUUCGGGAGUUUUUCCCCCAGUUUGUCGGCCAUUUUUUUUAGCGGGCGCGGGAACCUGAAGGAAAAUUAUGUCACGUUGUUUACGAAGUUUGAUUGGUCAGUUAUCUCUUCUUCUGGUUCCAAAUAUGGUACUUUCUCAAAUGAAUAAUCACGAGCAUCGGACAAAGCAAACAUAUGAGAGUUACACAUUUCAACCCCUUAUGAGUUUCUGCUGUUUUCACUAGCAAUAAUCUGGGCAUUGAAAUUGAAAAUACUUAUUUGCACCUUGGGUUAUGGUAUGGCCUAUUGGCCAUUUUGAGGGACAAAAUAAUUGUGACCGAGUUUUCCGUGCAAUGUCGUAGCAACCAAAAAAAACAGGGUUUGCAUCCCCAACAGCCCCGAAAAUUUAGUCUUAUACAGUACCUGCUAUAAGACAAGACUUGUAUCAAUAACCCUAUGAUAUUCAAUAAUAUCAUGAUGAGGAAAGGUAGAUAUCUUACGGAUGGUUCUUGAUCUGCCAGUUCAAAUUGAUGGACUAUCUCUUCAGUUUAUUUGCUCAGAUUUGGUGUACUUCAGGGGUCUGUGUUAGGCCCUCUGCUGUAUCUCUUUUACAUGGCCCCUUUAGGUCACCUGAUACGAAGGCAUAUGAGUUAAAGACAUUCCUUUUAAGCAAGCUUAUCACCUGCAUAGGGUUUAAUUAUCAAGUCAUGUACUGUAUAUAUGAAGUUUUUCACUCAUGUACCUUAAUUUAAUAAUCAUUUUUAGUCCAGGACUUUUUAUUUUUAUAAAUGGACUUUUACUUUUUAAAGCGUUUUACAGCACUUAGUGCUAACAGAUUAAUUUGUUCAAUAUAAAUAUUAAUUGGUUUUAUUUUAUUAUUUAUGAAAAUUUUGUUUAUUAUAUAAUAAUUAUAACAAUUAUGAUAUUGUUACCAAUUUGAAGUCUUCAAUUCUCUGUGAAGUAUGGAAGGAGCAACUUAUCCUUUUCACUGAAGCCGUCUAUCUUGAUUUUAACCAAGGUCAGAUGGCUUUUGUGUUUAAAGGAUUUGUUGAAUGUGAGCGCUAAUAAUAAAACUUGUUAUGGUUAUUAAUUUUUUCUUUUUACAGUAAAGUUUCUCUAGAGUAACAAAUAUGAUUUUAGAAAUACAGUAAUAAAGGGGUGAGAAAAAAACAAAGACCCUAGGGCCGAGAAAAAAAUCUGUUUGGUAGUCUGGGAAAAUUAGAUAUUCUUGCUGGACGAGUAACUUUUAAAGCUUACUUGUCCAAUGGACAAGGGUCCAGGCAAAUCAUCCACAAACUAAAUCAAGACAAGCAGGAAGUGGCCCUGGGUAAGCAAAAUGCGAGAGCUUCUUGCCCAAUGGACAAGCUUGAAUUGAAGUUCUUUUAACCCAAAUAAACUGCUGGAUUCUUCUUACAAAACAAGGCUUAUUUCCUUGUGAAACAAAGGGAGAAUUUAACACUGCCUCAGCCUUAUUCCGUUCACCCUUCAAAUACUAUCAUAGCAGAUAGUGUAGGUUUGAGUGUUUGCAAAGAAGCCCAUAAAACAUGGAAAAACAAAUGAUUGAUGUUAUGUUCACAGCUGUUUAAGCUAAAUUUUGUGAUCAAGGGAUAAUGUAGUUUUAAGCAGAAGAAUCAAUGUUUAGUGUCAGGAGGUUGUGUUUGAUGGGGCUUGAAGUCUGGAAAUUUCAAAAUGGAAGCAAGUGGAAUGGACAUCUCCAGACUCAAUUUUUAUAGCAAACCAUUCCACAAAGGUCAAAACGUUUAGGAAAUAUGGGUCUUCCUCGCCAGGAAUUUUUUUCUUUUAGAAACUUCGUGAAACCCAAAGAAUGCAGUUUCAUUUCAUUUUCAAACUUUGUUGAAAGUUACCUUUUAAUAAAAAACUAAAUCCUUUGACAGGGGCUGCUUAUGCAUCUUCCAGCGCCAAUGCACCGCCAUCAUCAACAUUCCCUGCAACUAUUACAUCAUUUGGAUUCAUCCAUCAACCAAAUACAGUGGGCAGCCAUGACAGCGCAACUUUGCCAGCUAGUGAUGGACUCACAGCUGGGCGUGGCUGUCCUGUAGGUGAUGCUGCUGCAGACAGGUCACCUACCUUAUUACCAACCUCCCCUGAGCAACAAGAUGAGCUCCAAGAAACAAUGAGUACUCCUCAUCCUUCACACUUCCAAGCUUCAUCUACUCCUAUGGUGAGACAGGUCAGUGAAACAAUCUUGCUAUGUGGGUUUUUAGUAUGGAAAAUGAUUUUAUAUUGCUUCAAAGCAGGAUAAGCUCAGUUGUUAGAGCACUUGACUGCAGAGCGGAAGGUCGCAGGUUCAAUUCCCGAGCCUCGGGCCAACACUCAGGGUCUUAAAAUGAUGGAGAAAUGAAGUUAAUGCCUUUUUCCUGCAAAUGGCUAGACCUUGCUGUGGCUCGGAUGACCAGUAGGAGAGGUAAAAAAUAGUAUCCGCAAUUAGUACUUUCAUGCUAAAUACAUUGACACUCAAAUAAAGUGCAUUUUUUUGAGAAAGUAUGUAAUUCAUCAGUAAACUGGUUCCCAGUUUAACUUACAUGUUGGUGCGUUACUACAGUCAAACCUCCCUUUAACCAACUUCUUCUCCAGCAGAGAGGCAUCCAUCAUCAAACAGUUCUCGACUGGGUCCUAUACAACAACUGAAAACUUUAAAAGUAUACAGUCUCCUCAUUUGUUAUAUGGACACCUCUUUCCCAUAGUUGUAGAAACUUGAUGUUGCUUUCCCUGCCAUCUUUCACACUUUUGAUCUGUGACUCACUCCUGUGGAUCUAAAUACAGCUUUAAUAUUUGCAGACCAAUUAUGAAAGAACAACAUUCAACAGCCCUACUUGCCAAAAUUUUGCAAUCCAGAGCAAAAUUGUCAUUUGAGAUAAUAGCCGAGUUAUGAUCUGAUGGUCUUUCUAAAUUUGACUCAGUUCAUAACAUUGAGAACUGAGUCAAAUUUAGUAGGAUUAUAUGGAGUCCUCAGCAAAACAGGACUAUUUUUCCCACAAUGCUAGUUUUUCGCAAGGAGGCCUUUUGGAUGUUGUACUUUCAAAAUAUCCCAACAAUUCCCAUAAUUUCACAAAUUUAAUUUUUAUGACAUCAUCACUUAAGAACUCUAUACUCUUAGUAUAAGAAACCUUAUUCCUUUAAAUCAAAGAGUUGCCAGAUGAAUUCGUCCCUUUGAUCUGCUAAAAGAAUCCUUCAUUGAUAAUGCUCGUGAAGGACUAACCUUGUGGUUUAUACAUAGGAAAAUAACAGCAGGGCCAUCCAUGAUGAAACUUCUGCUCUUGAGUCAUAUUAUCUCACUGGAUACAAUGCCACUGCACGCAAUAGUUACAUGCUUACCAACACACCCCACCCGCUAUGGAGAGAUGAUGGCUCAUUUCAUAUAUCACAGGUUUGUAUACUCCCCAUGUUUUUAAGUUGAAUGCAUGUAUGCUCACAGCAGUAUAAUAAUUAUCAUUGGUAAAUGUCACUGUGUGUUAGUCAUUUGACCCUGGCCCUUUUUUAGAUGUUACCAUCAAGAUAUUUUAGGUAGUGAUUAAGCCCUCGUCAGUUGAAAUGGUUAUACGUAUUUAAAUACUCAUUAAGUGAAGAACCCGUAAGGGCAGCUUUUAGUUUAGAACACGGCACUAAGUACUCCUCUAUUGACCACCUCCUAGAGCUGGAAACUCAGGCUGCCUCGACCCCUCUUAAGUAGCAGUUUUCUUGUUAUUUUAGUUCUGGUUAUUUAGCCUAUGGAAGGUUUGGCAGCAUAAGGCAUGGCAUGAUAGGUCUGAAUUGAGGUUGUUCCUCUUUUAAAUACUGUUGUAUUCAUAGGAGCCUUCUUGCUAUUUACAGAGCUUCUUGGUAGUGUUAAUCUUUCAAAAUGUUUACUAUCAAUAUUGUUAUUGUUUGUUACAAGUUGCAAGGUAGCAGACCUGGUAACCCUCUCAGUGAAGCCGAAUCUUUGACCUUUGACCCCUCCAGUACUGACCUUGCUUUGGCAUCAGAAGGUGGAGAUAUGGUAAGGCUUUCUUGAAAACUUUGGAAAUACAAUAUGCAGUUUCCUACAUUGCUUUACGAUAAUUGCUAAGAAUUUUGAGUUUUAUUCCACGUCUUGUUAUAAACAGACUUUCACUUUAAAACUGUGAUUGUGUUUUUUUUUCUGUAGACAAUGAUUCCACAUGACACAGCUCUUGAAGCCCAAAAUAAUCAGUUUUCAAAUCGAGGAUCGGGCUCAUCUACAGCUUUGUCAAACCACAGUUCUGAGUUUUCAAUCAAGUUCAGCAGUAGCACAUUUAUGAAUGGAAGUAUGGCAAUUGAUGAAUCACAGUUAUGGAAGGUAACCCUACGUAUAUUCCCUACUAGUACAAGUCAUCCUACCACAGGGGACCCAGCAGCUGGCUUCUGUAAAUUAUCUGUUUUGGAAAGCAGAUAUUGCCUAGAAUUUUCUAUAGCUUCAGGACGGCUAAAAAUUUCUAGAUGAUUCAUUCACAUACAAUUUUCGAAGCCCUAUCCAAUAAAUUCACUAUGAUUUUCUGAAGUUUAAUUUCUCACAUUUUAUUGCCCAUGUUAGGCUAAUUUUCGAAGAAAAAGGAAAACUAAAAUUUUCGGAUUCAAAAAUGAGAUGGGGUGAGGAAUCAGAAAAAUUCUCACUUUCGUAAAACCUCAAGAUGGAAUCCAUUUGGAAAUUGAGUAAUUUUCAUUGGACAAAAACCUUUUACCAGAGUAUUUUAAGCCAUACUGCAUUCUUUUUUACACUUUUUAAGGGCUAUAAUAACACCAAAGACAAUUUCUUACAGGAGUCCAAGAAAAUAAAUUUCAAAUUUCACAGGAAUUGAGAAAAAACAGGUAAAUCGUCAUACAUGAGAUUCCAGUUUGUGAAAUUUGAGGCUUUUGAAGUUUGUUUUCUCGGGCUCCAAUAAGAACCUUUUCUUCGGAGUUAUCUCAAACAACUUAUAACAUUAAUUUUAUAGCCCUUGAAAAGUGUGAAAAAGAAUGCAAUAUGCUUGAAAAUAUUCUGGUACAAGGUUUUGUCCACUUAAAAUUAAAAUUACUCAAUUUCCUGAUGGAUUUUGUCUUAAAUUGCAUGUAAAAUUUUCGGGAAAAUAAUUCUGAAGUCCUUGUAAUUUUGAAAAGAGUCAAGUUCCCCUAGGAUUCUUGGAAUACAUUUCUAGAGAUCUAAAAGUACUCUGGAUAGCCUAAAAAGAGUUUUUAAUGUAUUUAAGAGGAAAUCGUCAUUGGGUGCCCCUGCUACAAUGCAUUCAGACAUUCUGAGGCCUGUGUCGCACAUUCCUCUUGGGGAAGAGAUACAAAUAUGUAACAAUUCCAAAAACAUCUGCGUGUUAUACUUAAUACAAGUGUUUUGUUGUACAGGUUAUAACUAUGUACAAAGGGGCAUAUUGGAAGGAACCAUAUUGUGAUAAAAAAAUAUCUUACCGAAGAUGGUGGGUAAUACAUGAAAACAGUCUGCUCUCUGGAUUCCUUGCUGGAUUGUCCUGUAUAGUCAUAUAUGCAAUAAGACUACCUGCACUGUAGUUUUGCUUGGUGAACCAGGGUCUUUCGGACUACAAUUAACAAUAUCACGUCUUUGGCAAACUACAGCACAUUGAUCUUCAUCAUCAUCAUCAUCGUCGUAAAACCCAAUUGAACCAUUACAUUUUCCUUCCAUUUUGUUUGUCUGUUGUGUAAAAUUCCAUUUUUUUAAACCUCUGUCAAAGAUUUGUGUUUGAUUAUUGACAAGCAAACAAUUACAUCACUCAUUCAUUCUAUUUUUAAUAACAUUUCCAGUCCACUCCUCGUGAUGAUGGUGAGGCAGCAAUGAGGGCAACACCAGGAGUUUUGUUCCAAGGACAUCAGCGACCAUCCACAGUUACUGGACAAGCGGCUGACCAGAAACAGGUACGUGUACUAAACAAAAUAGACUAGCUUAUCUUUAAUAUAAGGAUUACUGCACUAAUGUUGGUAUGUUUGGAACAGGAACUGUCACGUACAUGAUGUGAUCAACGUGUAUUUCUUGUAGCGUAAAAUGUGAUGUUUUCCCAAGAUGACUGUUUCAUUGCUUCAUUGAUUGCCAUAAAGUAGCAUCCAUUCUGUUUGUCUUGAUCAAUCACAACUAGUCUUUCACUUGGAUUUGUUUCAAAACAGUUUUCUAACUUACAUGUAUGUUAAGAAGAAAAGUGUUAAUUGAAAAAGUGUUAUGAAAAGUACAUGUGUAUGAAUUGCUUUAGUGUUUCCAAACAAGUAAACAAAGUCAUCAUGAGUCAUGACAGCAGACAUUCUUUUCCUCACUCUACCAAUAAAAAAAACGAGCAUAAAAUAUAAUGUCAUAUACAUGUAAAUUGUAAAGGUCUGAUAUUCUUGUCAGAACUCAUUAAAGCAGUGGCCUUUUCAGUCAUUUGUAAGCAAGAAAUUAUAAAAAUGGCAUUGAAUUCAAAAGAUAGGUAAGUUUUUGCAACAAACAUUAUCUUCAUUAUCAGUGCUGUUGUUAUCUUUGUUCAGAUUGAGGGGUUAGAUGCUUGGUUGGGCUAAGUGUGGGUUAAGCGCUAUUGGGAAUUUUCAAUAGCUUUUCUCUUCAUCAAUAUUCAUGUCUUACAAACAAUGGAAACUAUUUUUUUUACCUGUACAAUGUAUCACUUGCUAUUUCAGAUCACGUCCACCACAUUGCAAAGGUCAAGCGAUGGAGAACAGUCCACAGUAUUAGGAGGUAUACAAUCAAUUCUUAUUUGAACUUAAUUUUCAUUGUAAUUAUUUUGUAAUGCUUUCCCAGAACCAAACAUAAACAGCUAAUAUGGUUUUCAAUGCAUUAUAGGGAACUCCCAAAUGCUGGGGAAUCCGUCAAGUGGCCAACAUUUUUCUGAAAGGUCACAUGACAGAACCUUGACCCCUCAAGGAGUCAAUGGUAACAGCGCAGGUCAAGUGCCACAAGUUUUUGAUGAAGGGAAGUCAUCAGCAUUUCCUUGGCCUGUGGAAGACAAUGAACAAGAACCAUUCAACACUAAAGGUAUGUGUUUUACAAUGUAUUUUUUUUUAAUUUUUCUGAACUGAAAGUGCUCACACCUUACCACAUUCUUUCAUUGAGAUAACAUAAAGUUUUUAACUACCCCGCUCUAGUUGCACAGGUGGAAAUUCUACAGCUAUUAAUUAUUCAGUUGAUGCCAGAGAUAAAUAUGGGAUUGCCCGCCGAUCCAAAUGUUCUUUUCUGAUCUUCUUGUAAGGAGUACACAAACAUCAUAUUUUUGUAUCAUUGUUUAAAAGGACCAAGACAAAAUGCUUCCACAACACCAUUUCAAGCCCUGUCUUUUGGCCAACCAUCGUGGCCAUUUGGUGGUGAUAUUAUUCCUUGUGUGAAUCCAUUUGAUGGGGAAAGUGCAAGCAAAGUUUCCUGGAUGAUGCCUGACAGCGACUUUCAGCCUCAAGGUACACAAAAUGGUCAUUAAGUAUUAUAACAUACCGGUAGCUAGAAUUUCACCUAAUCAAAUCCGAUAGCGCGAGCGUGCUACGUAUUCCCAUUGAGCAAUCUGAUGACGUCAAUAAACUAUACCUCAAGUAGUUGUGAGCUUAGCAAUCCUCCCAAGACGUCUCCCAAGUGCAUCCAUAACUCAACAGUACACAAUGAAGCGUUUACCAUGUCUACCAUGGGUAAAUUUAAGAAAAACUUUUAAAUUUGUUAACCAAUAGUAGGAAAAAGAGGUUAGUGUUGUUGUUGUUGUAGCUUUUGCCAUCUGUGUGAACUGUGCAGGCUAUGUUGUGUGCACAGCAUUCUUUGCAAACUUGUUUUUUUCAAAAAUAUUUUUUUGGUGAAUUAAUUUCCGACACCUCGAUAUGGAUUUUACAAUCUUUUAGCGAGUUAUCAACUCGAGUAAACUUUCUCUCAGUUUCAGGGUAAAAACAUAACUGUGAGGUAAAAAAAAUAUGGUCACGUAGACAUCGACGUGUACUGCAUUGAGUACGCGCUACAAUAAUAAAAUUUUAAGUUAACUGCUGCAUUGAUCGCUUUGAUAAUGUUAUAAAACAAUUAGUUCAGCUGUGCGUAUGUCGAGAUGUUGAACACUUGGGAAGUUUGGAGAGCAAUCAAGAGGCUAGAGUAGCUCUUGGCUGCAGCUCGAGCAACUCUCACUUCUGUCUUAGUUCUGUAAUGCAUCGCAGUAACUUAUUUAUUUGACUUACCAUAAUUAUCCCAUUUUUCAGGAGAUCCUCUUGCCAUAAUUGAAGCUGAUGAGCAGGUUUUCAACAAGGAGCACGAGUUAGAGAUCCCAGUAAGUUCACUUUAUUCUUUCCUGUAUUUGACUGUCACAAUAAGAAAUUGUGUUCUAAGAUGUAUUUUUAAACGAGAUGGCUUUUUAUUCUUGAAUGCUCCUUUCAUAGUUAAGACCCCUUGAGGUAACUUCACUGUGUAUGGAAAAAAUGCCUUCUUAAAGGCAUAACCAUUAAAUGAAGGGUUGGUCUCAUAACAUGACUAUUAACAGGAGAAAACGUUGCUUGUACUUAUUAUUGCUACUCUUGAUUACUGCUUGAGUAGUAUAGGAGGGACCGGUUACUCCUCUUUUUUUUUUUUGGGGAAUCUCAUUAAGGUGCGGGGAAUAAAUUAACGUCGCUGACGUCAUUGGUUAUUGUAUUGAUCUCAUGAAUAAAAUGCGGUGGAUUCUCAUUAACUUGGGCAGGAAUAAAUUAACGCCAAUGACGUCAUAGGCUAUUGUCUUGAUCUCAUGAAUAAAAUGCGCAGGGAUGCCAUUAAGAUAAGGUCAUGUGCUAUUUUUAGUUGGUUUAGGAUUUCUAGUUACUUUAAGGUCGAUAAACGUCUUUGUUUUCGAUUGGUUAGUUAGAAAAUAAGAAACGUUUUUAUUGGUUAAUUCAUACUGUCUGAGGAGUAAAGUCAAACUUGUCUGUGACUUAAAAUCACUGAGACGUAACGUAAUUAUGCACUUCCUAUUUCCUGCUGCUGUGAUUGUCCUUGUUCCGGUUCACUGAUUUUUGGCGGGCAAAUCGUGUAUAUUAAAGAGGGCAAAGGCAAACUAGCUCUUUUUUACACUGCAAGCAAUGCUUUACUUACCCCUGUCCUUUUUAUUUUUUAUUUUACUCCUCCUCCACAAUUUUAUCACCACCACCACCACCACCGCCAACACAUUUCUAUUGUUUUCCCUCCACCACCACCACCACCACCACCACCGCCACAUUUCUAUUGUUAUCCCUCCCCACCACAUUUCUAUUGUUUUCCCUCCACCACCACCACCACCGCCACAUUUCUAUUGUUAUCCCUCCACCACCACAUUUCUAUUGUUUUCCCUCCACCACCACCACCGCCACAUUUCUAUUGUUAUCCCUCCACCACCACAUUUCUAUUGUUUUCCCUCCACCACCACCAUCGCCACAUUUCCAUUGUUUUCCCUCCACCACCACCACCACCACCGCCACAUUUCUAUUGUUUUCCCUCCACCACCACCACCACCACCACCACCACAACCGCCACAUUUCCAUUGUUUUCCCACCACCACCACCGCCACAUUUCUAUUGUUAUCCCUCCACCACCACCACCACCACAUUUCUAUUGUUUUCCCUCCACCACCACCAUCGCCACAUUUUCAUUGUUUUCCCUCCUCCACCACCACCGCGACAUUUCUAUUGUUAUCCCUCCACCACCACCACCGCCACCACAUUUCUAUUGUUUUCCCUCCAGCACCACCACCGCCACAUUUCUAUUGUUAUCCCUCCACCACCACCACCACCGCCACCACAUUUCUAUUGUUUUCCCUCCUCCUCAUCUUUAUUGUUUUCCCUCCUCCUCCUCCUCCUCCUCCUCAUUUUUAUUGUUUUCCCUCCUCCUCCUCUUCCUCAUUUUUAUUGUUUUCCCUCCUCCUCCUCCUCAUUUUUUAUUGUUUUCCCUCCUCCUCCUCCUCAUUUUUAUUGUUUUGAUAGGGUCGAUGUGGGGUCGAUGUGGGGUCGAUGUAGGGUCGAUGUUGAGUCGAUGUAGGGUCGAUGUGGGGUCGAUGUAGGAUCGUCAUUGUUUUCCCUCCUCGUCCUCCACAUUUUUAUUGUUUUCUCUCCACCACCACCGCCACAUUUCUAUUGUUUCCAUUCCACCACCACCACCGUAACAUUUCUAUUCUUUUCCCUCCUCCUCCUCCUCCCCCUCCUCCUCCUCCUCAUUUCUAUUGUUUUUCCUCGAAAGGCCAAAGAGGCCAAAAUCAGGCCUAGAAGGCCAAACUUGGAGGAAAAGCAAUAGAAAUGAGGAGGAGGAGGAGGGGAAGGAGGAGGAUGAGGGAAAAGAAUAGAAAUGUUACGGUGGUGGUGGUGGAGGGGAAACAAUAGAAAUGUGGCGGUGGUGGUGGUGGUGGAGAGAAAACAAUAAAAAUGUGGAGGAGGAGGAGGGAAAACAAUGACGAUCCUACAUCGACCCCACAUCGACCCCACAUCGACCCUACAUCGACCCCACAUCGACCCUAUCAAAACAAUAAAAAUGAGGAGGAGGAGGGAAAACAAUAAAAAAUGAGGAGGAGGAGGAGGGAAAACGAUAAAAAUGAGGAAGAGGAGGAGGGGAAAGAGGAGGAUGAGGGAAAAGAAUAGAAAUGUUACGGUGGUGGUGGUGGAGGGGAAACAAUAAAAAUGUGGAGGAGGAGGAGAGAAAACAAUGACGAUCCUACAUCGACCCCACAUUGACCCCACAUCGACCCUACAUCGACCCCACAUCGACCCUACAUCGACCCCACAUCGACCCUAUCAAAACAAUAAAAAUGAGGAGGAGGAGGGAAAACAAUAAAAAAUGAGGAGGAGGAGGAGGAGGAGGGAAAACAAUAGAAAUGUGGUGGUGGUGGUGGUGGUGGGAAAACAAUAGAAAUGUGGUGGCGGUGGUGGUGGUGGUAGAGGGAUAACAAUAGAAAUGUAGCGGUGGUGGUGGUGGAGGGAAAACAGUGGAAAUGUGGCGGUGGUGGUGGUGGUGGAGGGAAAACAAUAGAAAUGUGUUGGCGGUGGUGGUGGUGGUGAUAAAAUUGUGGAGGAGGAGGAAAAUAAAAAAUGAAAAGAAGAGGGGUAAGUAAAGCAUUGCUUGCAGUGUAAAAAAGAGCUAGUUUGCCUUUGCCCUCUUUAAUAUACACGAUUUGCCCGCCAAAAAUCAGUGAACCGGAACAAGGACAAUCACAGCAGCAGGAAAUAGGAAGUGCAUAAUUACGUUACGUCUCAGUGAUUUUAAGUCACAGAAAAGUUUGACUUUACUCCUCAGACAGUAUGAAUUAACCAAUAAAAACGUUUCUUAUUUUCUAACUAACCAAUCGAAAACAAAGACGUUUAUCGACCUUAAAGUAACUAGAAAUCCUAAACCAACUAAAAAUAGCAGAUGACCUUAUCUUAAUGGCAUCCCUGCGCAUUUUAUUCAUGAGAUCAAGACAAUAGCCUAUGACGUCAUUGGCGUUAAUUUAUUCCUGCCCAAGUUAAUGAGAAUCCACCGCAUUUUAUUCAUGAGAUCAAUACAAUAACCAAUGACGUCAGCGACGUUAAUUUAUUCCCCCCCCACCUUAAUGAGAUUCCCCCCCAAAAAAGAGGAGUAACCGGUCCUCCUAUACUACUUGCUUGGUUAUACCUUCUGAUUCCACAAAAAUCUGUUUAAUUGGCAUUUCUAGGAUUAUUAGAGUACGUUUUCUGCUUAGUAUAGUGGUCAUUUCUGUGCUCUCCAGUGUGUUAUGGUAGUCAGCUGAAACGCCAUCAAGAAAUGUGAGAUAUAUUUCUCGAGUAAGAUGUUUUUAGAUUUGGGUGAAAUGUGAUCAUGCGAUGUCUGGCGUUAAGAAAAGGCAGAUUCCACCUUUUCUCACAGUAUCGAAAUAUUUCACUCUUGCUGAUAGAAGAUGCUUAUACAGCAGGAUGUAGCACAAGUAUUUAUAGAGGUGACAUUUUCAUUGUACUUUUAUCUCAACGUAACAAAGGUGACUUUUGUCUGCGCAUGCUCGAACUAUUCCCAGGUUUCUCGGGUUUUCGUACUUUUCACAGAACAAACAAAUUUGAGCGGCAAAAAUUGAUCACCCGAACUUCGAAGGCGGAUUAUCCUUCAACAGGUCGUCGGUAAGCCAGUUAAAGGACAUUAACAUAAAAACAAACUCAACGUGAAGACAGACAAGCAUGUUUCACGUUCUUUACGGGAUUUUUUCGGUCGAUAAAGCUCUACUAGUUGUAGACACAUAACAUCAACAAAGAUGGCGAUCUCACAACAAUGUUUCGGCGAGCAAUCGUGGAGUCAUUUUUAAGUGGCCCAAGGCUGUUCCUAAGGUCUUAAUCGACGCUAACAAAAAGGAGAAGGUCUUUUGUGGUAAGUACAAUUCAUUACGUGGUUCCUAGUGCUUGUAUUUUAGAUUUUUAUCGUCUUGCCAUGCGCUGGCGAAAAAGCCAGGCUAUUUGCAUUUCAAAAUCAAAGUGUCGAUAAACAACAAGUUCUUAAAAGCUCAGUUUUCAUCAUUUCUUCUUUGAAUUCGAGUCCAGCAUUGUAAUAAAGUUAUUGUUUCAAAUUCUGGGUACAGCUGUCGUUUGGCGUUAAUCCGUGGUAUUUUACAGCAAGUCGUAGGCUGGAAUUUAUUAAGUGAAGUUUUGUUCUACGUGAAAAUUAAAAUUUCGGUUCCAACCCUUGAGACUUUUGUGUUCGUUUUUGAUAUGGAAAUUCCAAUCAAUGAGUAACUCUCUCAUGUAUACACUAUCUGCUGUAAAAAUUUGGUACCUAAUUUGGGGUGUUCCGUAAUAUACAAAAAGUGGAGUGAAAGUCGUGCGGUUGAAAUCCAAUUUAAGAAAUUCUGCUUGUAGGGCAUCGAGUUUUGAAGAGUUACAAAUGAGCAGAAUUGCUGUCUAUUGUUAAAGUGAAAUGUAUAUUUGAUAAAAGGUGACUGGAAGAUUAUUUCAGCCAAGUUUGGUUUUCUUGGGGCGUAUGGAACCAAAUAUUUCAGCAUUUUAGUAAACAAUGCUUACUCGAAAGGCGUUUUCAGAGGCGGAUCCACAUUGAACAGCCCGGGGUUCCCCCUAAGUAUCCGAAAAACUAAGUUGUGAUAUGUGAAUCGGCUUUCGCAGGUGAAACUACAUUUACUCCGCUACAACUUGGCAUAAAAAAAUGGUAUUGUUUGGGGUGUUCUUGUUGCUCAAAAUUGAGGUUGAAGCGGGAUUUCUUACGAUCAAAAUUGCUCAUUCGUAAGCGAUGGCGUGACAUCAAUUUCCUUCGAACCAUUCCGAAAAUCUAAGACUCUGAGAAAACUUGUGGUAUGUGGUGUAGAAAAUGUAAUAGUGAUAAAAAUGUCGUUUUGUUGUCUUGCAGAUGCAGCUGUUAUAAAAUAUACAAUUUACACACCUAAUUCAGGUGUUUGCGAAAACAAAAUGAUGGUCAAACUGGAGUACACAAAAGCUCUCCAGUAAGGUCAAAGUGGAUGACAUACUGGCCCAUGUAACCCCAUACUUGCUUGAGAGGAAAUGAAAUUAAAAGGCAUUGAAACAGAAAGUCUCCUCUUAAAUAUUGAAUUAACACGAAACUUAUGUCAUAAAUUAGAUGUAAGUGUGCAGAAGUUGAAAGACUAGUGAAAUGUUUAGCUAUGAUAUCUAUUGUUAUUUAAUUAAGUGAAAACAAAUCUGGUUUUGUUACUUCAAACUCCAUUCUCCCUGACUUUUAAAGUAUUUAAUUAUUACAACUUGUGUCAUUCAGACUGGUCCAUUCCCUACAGUAAUUCUGGCCAGUCCAUUCAUAUUCUUUUAACUACUGUUCAGGUGGAUCAAAGAAAAAAAUUGAAAAUGGAUUACUUUAAAACCCUGGUUAUGCGCUCCCCUAAUUUUCCUUCCUUCAUUUGCAAAUAAGAAGAACUAAUGUAUUCCAGUUCUAAGCACCCUGGCUAAUAAGGCCCUCUAGUGAUAGGCCCACUCGUAUGUUACAACCACCCAACAGUAAACAACAGUAUCCCUUUCCCAGCUUAGUCUGCUGCAAGAGUCUCAAGUAAUCAGCAAAAAUGUAAAUAAUCUGCAAGCUAACACUGGGAGUGAGAAGCAUGCAGCACCAGCUUCAUUGCACAAUGUGGAGCACUAGUUAGAAGUAGGUGCAGUAUAUACAGUGUAUGUACAAUGAAGUGGAUACUAUCAUAGCUAAAGCUAGAUAUACAACAUUACUGCCCACUCUGAUUUCUGAUUUCUACUACUGGUCUGUCCUUAUGGGUUUGGUGUUUGGGGAGGGUAUAUCCUUUUAUUCAUCAAGUGGCUAGAAUUUUUCUUUUAAAAGAAAUAGUUUGAACAUGGGGAGGGGGGAAAGAGAGAAAAGGGACACCUUUCCUGUCAGCAAUAAAGGAUAAGACAUUGGACCUUGGGUUUGGUCGAUGUGUUUGCACAACCUCAAAGGGUGCAGAGAAAUGUAGGCAACUUGGGGUGAAAACACCCCUUGUAAAAUGUUGUUGAGUAGCUGCUCCCAGGACUAUGAGAAACAGCACAUUAUAUUCAUGAUGAGGUGCCAGCUGCCAUAUUUUCCACUUGGAUGCACAAUAAUGUAAGUAUGAAGUCUUAAAACUGCAAGCACAGCCUUAAGAGCUAUUCUGUGUGGGAUUAUUUGAGACUCUUGCCUUCAAUAUACAGUAUACAGUCAAACUUUCUACACAUCCUUUAUGUUUUGAAUGCUGAAAAAUAUUUUCUUCAUCUUGAGUAAAAUAUCAGAGUCUUGUAUCAAAACAGAUCAUGCCAUAAUCAUAACCAUACACUUUCAGCCAUAUAGCGUUUACAAUAUUUGUAGACAUGCAUAGGAAAUACACUUUUUGUCAGGUCUAACAAAGAGCUGAGACUCUUAUCAUCAAGGCUUCUUGAGCAAAAAUGCAUGAUGUUCAGCUGCUUAUUUGUCACAUGUCCUUUUAGAUAAUGUGACAAAGCACAUUAAUUCAUACUAUGCAAAAAUUUUUCAGAGUGUAAUUCACAAAUAUUAUUGUCUUUUUAUACAAACUAAACUUUGGGUCUGGUAAACAUCUGAUAAAAAAUAGGAAGAACAGAAUGUUUGUACAACUGUUGUCUCUCAUUAGAAUACUGUACCUACAAUGUAACCAUUCAUAAAAAAUUCAUACAGAAACUAUCUCAGCCAUUAUAAGUUUUUUUCUGUAUCAUUAGCUGAUUUACCAGUCUUAAAAACCCACUACCCUGAGCAGUGUAGACCUACAUGUUGCUAAACCUGUAUCAGGUACUAAAAGUUAUUAAACAGGUAUAUCGUGAUGACUGGUGCACAUUAAUAUUAUUGUUGAAAGGGAAGGUAAAAUGAAAUAAUAAUAUUACUUAAUGGAAAUAGAUCGAUGGUAGAACACUGGAGGGAAAACACAAUGAUUACAUUGCUGAAAGAAUGACAUCCAGACUGACUUACAGUAUGUACAUUCAAGACCAACAGGCCAUUUUACAGUUGUGGGCUUGGUGUCAUCAGGGUGCAAAGAAAGUCAGUUUUACAGCCUGCCAUUUGGGCAAGCUGUAGCUAGCAUGUACUAGACCACAAGUCAUUUCAACCAGCCCAAAACCCUUUUUGAUUAGCAGGAUUGAUUACAAUCCUUCUGUAAUUGGAAUUUCCCCCAAAAAAAGCACUUGCCCGUGGGGCAAGUUAAAAGAAAAAAAUCACUAGCCCAAUAGCAAAAUCCACUAGCGCCGGGCUAUCGGACACUGCUUUCUUUGCACGCUGUGUCAUACUGAGCCUUUGAGCGAAUGUGAGGCUGAGGUUGAUACAAUUAAGCUUCCUUCCUUUUCUUAUAGAUGUAAAUUUUGCUGGAAAAAAAACUAUUUGCAUAAGAACAACAUGAUCUACAUAAUAAAGAAGGAGGGGUUGUAUCAAAACAAGGUUAACUCCAGCCUCGACUGUAACUGUGAAAUAGGCUAUUGUUGCUUUCCCUUUAGUUGUAGAUGCAGAUGUAGUGUUUGCUUAUACUAUGGACUACAUUUACAUGUAUUAAAUAACCAGCAAAAAAGUGAUUAAGUCAAGUACAUGUAUAUGGUGGGUCCCCCCUUGGGCAUUUAUUAUAAAUUUAUUACAGUGAACCGCAUCCGUUGGGAAAGCACCCAGACGUUUACCGACUCCAAUUCAUCCCUAGUUUUGUAGUAAACAGGUAACUUAUUAUAAUAGAAGGUGUCGUGGUGAGAAAUGUUCUGAAAAAAAUUUUAAAAAAAUAAGGAGGUCUCUGAGUCGCUACAUGCAUCACUCCGUCAUUAAGAGGCAGUAGAGUCAGAAAUUCACAACCUGGCAAGAAACAGAAAAACUAAGCCUAAGCUUAUAUAAAACUCAACAACAUUUUUAAAAAUAAUUGAAGAUCAAGACGUUGUACACAGUUUGAGUGAUAAAACAUACCACUUAAACAAUAAGUUUACCUUUCUCCGUUUUCCUCGGGUCGGCAGGACGUUUCAGUGAAGUUGAAAAUACGUUUCCUCCUCCGAAAAAGACUCUAUUGUAGCAUUUUGUAAAUUAAAAAUUUCCCAUCCCAGCCGAUGUACUUUGCUUCAGAUGAGUUCUUUUUGCAACGCACUCAGCAAUAUACGCAUAUAUAAAAAAGUUGUCAACGCCCCCUAUAAGUACUAUAGGCUGAGAGAAAGACAUCACACUUUGUAAACCUUUCCAUGCCAUCUUGAACGAACGAUUCGGAACGAUGGAACGAAGGAGAACUUUGGCUUUGGCAGCCAUCUUUGUUUACUCCGUUGCGCGCGGUUAGGAGACUGAACACUACAAAAUCUGACAGCCAAUCAGACAAAAGUCUCCUUUGUUUCUCAACGUCAUUUCUACUUUUCAGUCCCAGGCUCAAAUAAGUGAUAUCAGUAAGAUCCAUGACUGGACAAUUCCAGACAGUCAAUAUAUCACCAGACCAUCUCUGUUGAAAGUUGUUGGAGUCAAUGAUCCUGAGAAUAAGGGUGAGGUGCGUAUUUCCUUUGGUGCAUUUUUGGCAGCAGGAUCAGAAGAGCUUGGUUCUCUGUCAAGGACAAGCCCUGGCAGACCUAGGGUAAGAGCAAAUGGCACCAAAACAAUCAGUGUAAAGAUACCCAAUUAGAACCCAUUAACUACAUUCGUAGCAACUAUUUGUCUGUGAGACUUGAGUAUCGCUCAAAAUACUGUUGAAUCAGCACUGUCGAGUUUCUUACUGUAUGCAGUUUUUUUUUUCAAAUGUAGUGUAUAUACCUUCGGUUGAAGCUUUAUUUGCUGUUGGGCAACACGGAGACGCUUUGCUGUUAUGGAUGACAAGAUAGAAAUAAAAAUUGAUUAUCUUGUAUUCGAUAUUGAAAUUAAGGACAUAUCGCCCUGUGAUGACAAUUUUUCUGUAAUAUAGAUAAGAAGUAGUUCUAGUUGUGAAGAUUUUUCUUGAACCUUGACUUGAAGCCCUCUGUGUGUCAGCGAUGUUCAGUAAUCCAUAGUUAUGGUGCGAGUCCUUCUUAGAGUACCACCACAUGUCUGCAAUGCAGCCACAGGCACUUAAUGUAGUGUCUUUUUAUCCUGUCUCGUGUAGUUUGUUGUUGCAGAUGAUCCUCCAUCUGAUUUUCCUUUUCGUCCUUGCCCACCUGCUCACUAACACAUUAGCAAGUAGUGAAAGAAACUCUUAACUAGUCUCCAACCUUCUUGCCUCCUGAGAAGUAACAUUUUUGUUUAUUAAUUUAAUGCUUGAUUUAUUUGUUAGCCACAUUUUGGAGAUGAGAAACCCAUUCUGACGCCUUCUCCUAAAGGUGCAUUUAAGCUGAUUAGCGAACCCACAACUCCAUCUGAUCCAUUCUUACCAGACAACCACUCACCUGAUGACCUUAUGAACAGACCUUCUGUGGAUGGAAAUACACAAGAAUCCUCACAUAAGGUCAUUUUUAGUCCAGAUGAAACUUUCCAAAGACCAUCAUCCAAAGAACAGUGGGAAAGGAAGGACGUUCUAGGGGAAGAAGCAACCAAGCCUACUUCCCCCUCCACAAACAUGCUCUCAUUUGAAAUGCAAAAGAUGAAAUUGGACGAGCAGUUCAAAGUCGAUGGUUCUGUCAAAAAAAGAAGCAGGAGUGCAAGCCAAACUAGCAGUAGUAGUACAGGUAGUAUUCAAAGUGUUAUAAAGAAAAGUGAUGGAAAAGGUACUCAGUCUGGACGAAGCAUUGGCGGUAGUGAUUCUAGAACUAAAGACAGAAAACGGUCUCACAGAAAAGAAAAACCUGAACAUCAAAAUAGCGCAAAGCUUGAUGCUUCUUCAAGAUCGAAAAGAAACUCAGAGCAGACAUUUGAAGAGUUGAGCAUGUCGCUAGGUAAGAUGUCCACCUUAAGAAGAUCAUCUUGUGGAGAUGCUAGCUACACUUCUUCACUAGAACAAAUGACACAGUUUAUUGCACAAGCAAUAAAUGAAGAUCCUGAGGAAAUAAGGAAGAAAUUGGCUGCAGUUCAAAAGAAUAAGACAAAGGUGAAGUCAAAGAAGAGAGAAGGCCCGUCUUCUGAGGAUACGACAGAAUCAACUCAUUCUGAAAGGUCCGACUUUAACCCUUUGGCAUCAAGUAGUCCACAACGUCAAAUAUCGCCAGAGAGAAUCACAUACAGUCAGGUAAAUUUGAAGGGAAGUCAAGAACAGACGCUAUCUGACUCACCAAAUAGACUUUCAAGCUACGGAGUUGAUGAUAGUGUUUUUCCAUCCGAGGCUACUACUUCAAUGGUGCCUUUAAGUCUUAAAGAGCUUGGUUCCAAGGAUGCUUCCUCCCAGCGGGAAUCUAUGCCUUCCCCUGAAACUCGAAGCUUUCAUCACAUUAUUCCUCAAUUUGGUGAGACAUACACUGUGCGAAGAGCCAAGAAGCAAGCUGAUCAACAACAGAAUAGCCAUAUGAUUGAUCCCAGAAAGCACAGGACGCAUGAAAUUGAGGAGCGACUUAAUCGUUCUCUGCCUCAAAACAUGGAAUCUUCUGUUGUUGAGGAUAACGUUCAACAUCCUUUACCAUCAGAACGUCAUCCCUCCAACCAUGAAUUGUCAACAUCUCAUACUCAUUUUUCACCUCUUGGGACAUCCGAUAGUGCUGUUGGAAGCUUGACCACAGUUCUGACACAGGAUGUUACAAACACUAGACAUUCCUGGCCAGAAGCUUCUCCACGCCAUCACCAAUUGCAAAAGGAUUUUUCAAAAGUGGAUCAUGUUGGCGGAAAGACUCAUCUAUCUGAAAGUAAAACUAAAAUGGAUGUAUCCAUGAACUAUGCAGUUCCUCCAGGUAACUUUGGAGCACCUGUUCAACCAGGCAAUAUAGGUGGAGGAGUGCAAUCCAAUGCAUUUAUGCAUGGACAUCACACAGGAAAUUUAGGAAACCAUCAACUAGCUCAAACAGGUGUUCCACUUAGUUUUGCUCAAGGUAUUGCACCAUUUGACAACCCCAGUUCUGCAACACAUAUCUUUCCAUCACAUAACAUAAAUGGUCCUGUUGGAAUACCAGGCAUGAUUGGGCCGAUGUUUGGUACAAAAACUUUCGGAAUGCAGGUGCAUGGCCCAUUGUCAAGAACAGCACCCACAACAUAUGGCCCAGGGAUGGUCCCUCUGGCGUCAGCCAUGUAUCCACCUCAAGGACUUGGCACCAUGAAUACUCUUCCUGGUCAUGUCCCAUUUGUGCAAACUGUUUCAGCAUCAAUGGGACCAAAACCUUCAAGUCUAACACCAACUUAUGUUCAGUCCCUUAAUGUUGAAAUUCCACAAAACUUCUCCAAUCAGCAAAUUCCCUUACAUCUGCAAACCAAUAUGUCAAACAUUUCAGAGUUGCCAACUUCAUUUACACAUCCAAGAGUCUCAACAUCUAUGCUGCACCAACAUACACCACCACAACAGGUCCCUAAUGGUCUUCUGCAAGUGAGACCAAAUUUUUCUCAAGGAGCAGUGACAGCAGCAACUCAAGAAAUUAUUCCAGGAGAGAUAAAAUUCCCACCAUUUUGCUGUGUUGGUGUUUUGACUGAGUCAGUUAUUCCAUUGCAUAACAGUAGCAGUCGGUGGAUGCAUUGUGAAAUACACUUCAUCUUGUCUACGGCGAAUGGUGUGCAGGUAGGUAAAUUGAGAAGCGUGUUUGUCAAAGAUAAUGAAAAACUGUAUCAUAAGGCGUUGAUGUACAGUUACGAAUCCUAUGAAGCAUUUACAACUGCCUGAUUAUCAACUCGAGAAAGUGCUCUAUAAGAUCCGCCUUUGUUAACCCUUCUGCUAAUUACACGUGUUUUAUUUUUGCAAACUGUCAUUGUCGUGUGUUAUUCUCUUGUGUUCUUUUCCUCUAGUUACCCAGUAGUGCAAGUGCAUUCUCUGUCCAGUCAAAAGCAAUCAUAGCUCCACAUACUACAGAAAAUGUCAGGGUUAGUUGCGAUGUCUAUUUCUUCAAAUAUUUCAUUAAUGUUAGUAUUUUACUUUGAUUCCUUUUACACUUGGCAGGGCUUUCAAUAAGCACCGAUGGCCGACGAAACGCGCCGGCUGCUUUGCUCAUAGAGGUCGGCUACUUUUUUCUGGAAAGAAGAAGCAACUGGUUUGAUUAACGUUGUAAACGAAAAAUAUAUCAUAAAAUCUGAAUGAAAAUUUAAUUACGAUGUGUUUUCAUAAAGGCCCACUGGGUUUACGUUAUGCUUUAGUCAUGUGAACGCUAUAUGUCAGUCAUUUUUUCACAAGUUUAUUUAUAGGGUUACGCACAAUUUGUUUACAUGCUAAAGUACAUAAUUUAGUUUUCAUCAUUUGUUUAUUGCUUGAGGGAAUUGAUUGUGUGACUGAUAAAUUGAGAGCUGCAUUUUCUUGAAUGAAAAACACGCUCUUUUGUCCUCAAAUUUAGUCCCCAGAAAGCUGAAAAUCGCAUUUUAGGGCUUUGAAAUGUCAAAAUGUUCUGGAGCAGAACUCGCCCAGUCUCCUGCUUCCACCCUCAAGGAAGGGAAAUAACGGCCCCUUGUUCAUACAGUCGGUUACUCGAUUCAAACCUGCUGGCUACCUCAAUUUUUAUUGAAACCCCUGCAUGGAAUUGGAAGGUUUAUUGGAGUAGUACAUAGCUGCUACCAGGCCUCACAGAUUGGUUAAGAAAACUAUAAACAAUGUUGAUGUGUUGUACAUCAGGACUCAUAGUAUGAUACUGGUUAGUAAAUGCAUUAUCCUAGGAGCAGUGAAUUGAUCUUUAUAUAGAGAACGCAUAUCACCAUAGAAGAAUGAAUAACUACGUUAAAAUGAUGGAUAUAUUAUGUCCAUUAUUUUAACGUAGUGUGCUAUCUGGGUAAUUAUCUAUGGUCAUGUGACAACGAAAAUUGGAAUGUUCGUAAAUAUCAGAUUUCGUUUUGGUAUCUUUAGCAGCAACCCGUAAACUAUUGUGUGCAGAUGUAGCAGUUUUAUCCUUGUAGCUCUUCACUUUGAAUUGGCACCUUCAAUAGUUUAUACAGUACAAUUCCCUUUGUUUGAACUCAGCUAAUUCUAACUCUAUAGUAACUAAAAUUAUAAUGUUUGUUGGGCUCAAUUUUCAGUAUAUUUAACCUUGCUAACUUGAGCCCCCUGUGAAGGAAAACUAGUUUUCCCUUGGAAGUUUGAGUGAAAAUUGUACUGUCCUAUUUUGUAUUAACUAGAUGUCUGAUAUGCUUAUCUGUACAUGCUUUUUACCUCCGUUGUUCUCAGAUAAGCAUCGAACCAGCUGAAGCUGGUACAUACACUGCGCAACUGCAGAUUUACUCUUUCCCAGUGGUGUGUGACAUGCAGCCAGUGACACAUAGUCUUGGACCAGUUUUGGCAUUGGAAGUUGUAGCUGAAGAGCCUAGAGUAGAGGUAUAAAUAAGGGUGUGGGCAGUAGUCAUAGCUAAAUGUAAAUUAUGGGUUCUUUGCCAGUAGCCCUGCCAUGUUACCUUAAUUUGCUUUCUCUCUUUUUAGGUGAUGACCUCUACCUGGACUUACAAAACUGACUUUAAGCAGUAGUUUUAUUGCUAGUGUAAACCGUCAAUGAGCUAUAAGAAAGAUCAGUGAAUAUACGAAAAGCAGUCGAUGAUGUUUGAAGAAAUAAAAUCUUUAUUAAUUGGUCUUGUGUUCUGCAAAUAGAUACUGUUAGAAGAAGAAAACUCUAUAAACUUUGGUGAGGUUUCAUUGGGAGCAAAGCAGUGUCGACCAAUUCAUUUAGUCAAUAGAGGGAGAGCGCAAGUACCCAUCAGGCUUAUCAUAUCAGCGGUAAGUUAGUGAAGUUGUGUUAAAAUGCAUUUUACUACUAAGAGCUCGUAAAAACAACUUGAAAUCCAGCUUGUCCUUUGGAAGAACAGGUCUUGUAUUUUUUGCUUGCCUGGGGCCAUUGCUUGCUUGUUUUUGUUAAUGACUUAUUUACAAGAUGACUUUUCUUGACCCCGCUUGUUGGGCAAGUGAGCGUAAAAAAUUACGUGUCCAGCAAAAAAACAUCAUUUGUCCCAGACUACUGGAUAGGCGACUUUCAAAUCAGUUAGUCACAUACAAAGUUAGAGGUUUUUUUACGUCUUUAAACGUCAUUCUUUCUCGUAUUUAUAACUACCCUUUUGAAGUGUGCCAACUCUUGGCUUAAUUCGAACCAGCUUUCCAUUGUAUGAGGCAGUGAAAUAAAGGGGGUGUGUUGUAUAACCCAAAAGGAGUAACAAUUUGGUUGCUGUUACUCAGUUGAUAGUUUUCUAACACUCUCCUCUCCUUUACCUUAGAGGCAUCAUACAAGUCCUGUAAUUAAAAUUGUAUGAAUUAUAUUUGUGUUACCAGAAUAGCAGUUCACUCCAUUGUUUUGGUUUUGCGGAUGCCGAUUUUUCGCCAAAGGAUGGUGUUAGAAAUCUUGCUUCUGUCAAGGGAUCAGCACUGACAAUUCAUACUCUGACUCUGAAAGGGCGACAAGAAGUGGUGAGAGCUUUAACUCAGUUUGCUUGUAAUUAUCAAAGACAAAAGAGAUUUCCUUUCCACUAAAAAAAAAACAUCAUGCAUGGUGCUUUUAUACUUGUAUCCAAUGGUUAGUCUAGUGUGCUGAAAGCAACUUGUCAGUUUAAAAAUUUGCAGGUUGACGUAACAGCAUAUGAAACAGUGUUGGGUUGUUUUGUUUAUAUACUUUUUGUGUGUGUUAACAUUCACUUGGUGAUUUUGUUGCUAUAAUUAUCACAACAAGAACACUGGCAUCGCAGACAUCAUAAUUUCAACUAGAAGUUUGGUUAACCGCUUGAUGAAGGGCAUUUCUCUGACAAAAAAUUCACAGAAAAGUUUGAAAACUUCUUUUACUCCUGUAGUAUGACGUUACUGAGUCAGACCUGGUUUUUAUUUUUGAUAAAAGAAGGAUCAGAGUUCUGGUUGCUUAAACUUACUAAUAAUAUUGCUUUCUUUUACAGACAUCCAAGCCAGAGCCAACAGUUGUGCUGCUUCUUUUUCAGUCCCCCAAAGUAGGACUAAAUAGUAAGUUGACGAAUAUACCAGUUUUGACUCUUGUUAUAUUUUGAGCAGAAUACUAUUUCAAGCUUUUCUCUUCGUUUUGAGGUCAUUUGUGUCUAUUGUAACAGGUGGCAACAGAUCUGAGCAGUGGUAUGUAGCAGGUACAUUUCGGGGUCCAAAUGGCAGUACCGUGCAGAGCAUGGAACGUAAUGGAUGGAAUGUGAUUAUCUUUCUCACGAGGCAUUACAGUGCACUGUCUGCUGUAAAUGUAGAUUUUACGGCCUGCUACGUACUGCAUUAAAAGGAGUCACUCUUAAGAUUAUGGGAGUUUCAUAAAUGCAACUGGUUUUAUUGUUGUAAUUUUGUUGAAAUACAGGUUCCUCCUCAGCUGGACCACCAGAAGAAUACAUUGCACGCCUUGAUGUGGAAAUUGACAGUGCUCGUCAAGGUUGGUUUGAAAUCAAACAAAAUCAUGCGAAGACGACACUAAUGAUCUUUAAAAUUUGUCUUUUUUCUGAGAGCAUCCUUAUAAAAUUUAAGGUGUAUUCUAAAAUCACUGAAAAAUUAUUAGUGGUUAAUUAAAUGGGAGAUACAUUAUAGGCCAAUGUUAUUUUUUUAGAAAUAUCUUUCAUGACGAUUUUACAGAGCUUUUUGUGGUGGUUAGAUGUUUGUCCAUAUGAUCAUUACAGCUUUGUGUUAAAUUAGCUUAUAUUGUACAGAAAAUGUUCUUUUUAUUGCUUGAGGAGUUCGAAGAUAUGUCUAUUAGAAUGAUUGCGAUGCUUGAACUUGCAAUUCUGAAAAAAUUUUUAUCGAGUAAUUAACAAUUAUUCCUCGAGCCCGAAUGGGCUCUGAGUCAAUAGCCCAUGAAGCCGAAGGCCGAAUGGGCUAUUGACUCAGAGGUCAUGAGGGCGAGAGGAAUAAUUAUUUUAGUAAAAUCCAACUAGUUGGUCAAAAAUAUCGAGAAUGAAAAAAUUUUAGCCAGUUAAAGCUAGACUUUAAUCCCUUUUUGCCGCCAAAAAGCCCGCGCUUUUCGCUACUAGUGGGCUAUAACAUAUAGCCUAGUAGUAGCUCAACCAAUCGGAACGCAGCAUUGAUAAUACACCACUAGUUGGAUUUUACUAAUAGAGUAAUAUAUCGAAAACUCCAACAACGUGAGUUCUGCAAAAGUCCUGGAAGACUGUUGUUGUUUAAAAGGGUGCAAACCCUGAGUUAGUUCAGUUAGGUAACUUGUUGCUGAAGAAUUUAUGGUGCUUUAAUUUAAAAAAUCACUCUUACUUACUCUGUAUUAAUAACAAUUAUUAAAUCAUAGGUCCUACCAUCAGCAGUGUAGCUCUGAAGGCCAUUGAAGGAGUGGUAAGACUGCACACACCUCAUAAGCUACAGGUACGUGUAAAACAGUAAUACCCUUUUGGUAACGUACUUUUUGCUCUGGUGGAACUGCUAGUGGGUAUUAGAUUAAGUAGGCUAGCGAUAACCAAAAGUUACGGAGUGCGGGCAACAACAAUCGGCAGUCAAAAUGCUUUUGCUCCAACGCUGUGAGUUGCAUACGUUUUUGACAGCUGGUCAAAACACGCUUGAUCAGAUUACGAGGCGUAGAAGGCUAUUUUGUCCCACUAGCCAUAUUGUUUUUAAGGUAAAAAACUUUUUCGAAAGUCUGAAAUAUUACUAUGAUAGACAAUCCAAUCAACAGAUCUCUGGUAUCACGCUGUGUCAUGGACAAUUGUACAUUCGUUUUUCCAUGUACGUAAGCGGAAGAGUGUUUUUUGAGUUCAAGAACUUUGAAACAAUUUCCCCCUCCUCUAGCAAAAGGAAUGCUCCUUUCAUUGUACUUGUGUCACCUCUUGCCUGUUGCUUAAUUCAAGCAGUUUAACUAAGUCAACGCAAAAUUUAAUUAUAACCUUUUACCACUGGGUUUGUCAUUGUAGGUACUGACUUUGAAAAGUUCGGUUGGUAAACCUGCAAGUUGUACAAUACCAGUCAAGAACGCAGGGAACAUCACAGCACGAGUGAAACUAAAGAUCGAAGGAGAUACUCAGCAAUUCUCUGUUAAACCGGAUCAUCUGCAUCUUAAACCAGAAGAGGUAAGGGGAAGUAGUGAAUAUUCUUAAUUACCAUAGGUGUUUGUAUCUUUCCAAUGUUUCUUUACUGUUGUCAGUUGCUAUCUCCCCAAGGUAAGUAAACAUAAUGACAUGAUUUGUCUUUUUGUCAUCAAUGACGUGUUGAUACAAUUGUGAAACCCAGUAGUUUAUUUAUCCUCAGAAACGAUGACCUUGUGUCCCUACAAGAUAAUACUGUCAGGAUAUUGCCCCGAUAUGCUUUCUCGUUACCUUCUUGUUUGCAAAGCGCUUUGUACGAUUUAUGUCAUCCAGCUAAAUCUCCCUGAAAUUUAAUCAGUUCUUCUUGUCCAUGCUAGUGUAGAUUAGUGUCUGCUGAUUCCACAGGCUUCUUUAGGGCCUUUAGAAAACUUAACUAAAUACAAAGUGGAGUACAAUGGAGGAAUGUCGAGACAUCUUGCAACUUACUAGCACGAAUAUUCCCGGAAAAGAGAUUGGAGACAAAGUGGAAGAUAUGUCCUCAGCUUUUAAAACGAAACACUACGGUACACCUAGGGCAAGGUCAUGUAUUAUGUCUGUCUUAGGGUGGUGUCUGUCCUGUAGGUUUUCAUAACAGACGAUGACAGUUUUUUGGGGGAUGACGAGACAUCUUACAAGACACAAGCAGAAAUAUUCUCCUGAAAGGGGAGUGGGGACGAGGGAGAAGUGUCCCAUGCUUUUAAAACAAAACAGUAUAGUUUAAUCAGGACUAGGGCAUGUCUUGUGUUUGCCUGAGGGAGGUGUCUGUCUCUGUCCUGCAGGGGUCUACAGAAGAUGACAGUAUUUGAAAAUUGCCCUGGUAUUUUAAAUUGCUCCAAGUUUUGAUGUUCAUCCUUGAAUGGAUGUGUUGCUAUUAUUGUAGGAAUCAGAGGUACAAGUCACAUACCAGCCAGCUGAAGCAAAUAAACAAGUGCAGAGGUUAGUUAUUGUUUGUAAUAAUUAUGUGAACUCACAUGUUAAAAAUGCUGAUAUUAAUCAUUGCUGAAUGAUUCUUAACACCUAACCUAACUAUCUGGUGGUAUUGGUCUUGACUUCAGAUAGAGUUGUCUUGUUGUGUAAUAUUUCCGAACUCUCUUCAUGGAGGAUAAAAGUUCCUACCGCACCCCUAGUGUCAGACUUUGCAAUUUUUAGUGCACCCAUAAAAACGUUAAACUCCGUACAGAAGCUUUGUUUUAAUGUAACCCCUACACACAAGAACAAUAAAACUAAACCUCUGCCUGGCAAACCGAUGAAAAUCUAAUAAAAAAGCUUAUAUCUUUUUGUAUGUGCAGCUUAGUGGUCCUUGCAGUGCCAAAUGGUCCUGUAUAUGAACUAGUAGUUAAAGGAUCAGCUACACCUAAGGAAGAAGACAAGUAAGAUAUGCUCGCUGUAUUUGGUUCCUUUUGUGCGCGACAAUGUGCGUAUGAAGACAAUAUACAGUUAAUCCUCUCUACAACGGCCACCAUGGGGACAGGAGAACGUGACCGUUGUAAAGAGGUUUUAAACAAGAGUCAAUGCAUGGAUUUUUUGUCCGCCGGGACGAAAAAGAGAGGUGGUUGUUAUCAGAGGUUCAACUGUACCAAAGAAUACCAAACAUUGUUGUACUACCAAUGAUGGAGCACUAGCUCCAGUUUUUGACAUGAUACCUUUCGCUAUGCUUGAUUUUUCACUAACUGUAAGACAACAAAAAUCUUCUUUGAUAUUUUUUAAAUCUAAUGCUGUCUUUUUCCAGUUGUCACUUCAAGGGUUAGAGAUAAUGUCAUUGUAAACAUGACAGAUAUUUAUGUACAAUACAUUGAGCAUGUCUAUUGGCAUGACGGCUGGAAUACCCGUGUUUAGAGGAGUGAGACAGUGGCUUCAGAUCCUCUAUCCAUCCACAAGAGGGAGCUUAUGUUACUAGCAGGUCUUGUGCAUUACUGUUCAGUGAAAUUGAUUGAUUGAUUUUAUUCAUUCUUUGUUAGGUUUACUCUGUUGAGUAGUAAGCCUGUUCUCUGUUGGAGUGGAGUGGCACUUGGAUGGUCUCAGUAAGUACUUUAAAUAGCGGUGUAACAGUGUAUAAGGUUACAAAAUGAUCGUAGACCCUUUUUAUUUUUAAUGUUUAUUGGAAACCUCCAGCGUCAGUGGACAAAGAUGAUCUUUUUGUUUUUCACUCUGACCAUAUCUUAGAGUAUUUUCUACUAGUCUAGAAUACAUUGCUAUCUGUAAGUCGAAUGACGACUGGUACUGUUCAACAUGUCUUACCAGUAUUUUUUCAUUUAAUAAUUUUGACAAUGAUAUUGAUUUCUUCUUUGCAUUGUAUGAUUUCAAUUUGCAAGGUAAUUUUGAUGCUGAACUACUUAAACAGAAGAUAUGUAGUCCCUUUUUUGACGACCCUGAGACCUCUCAUUUGUUAAUGAAUUCCAACCUUGAUUCAGACACUAAGGGUCGGUUAUUUGAACGAAGUCUAACUUAGACCACGGUUUAGGAAAUCUUUGGACAUCUAGAUCUCUUCCUUUAAUAGUAGGUUAUUUUAAGAAGGCAAAUGUUUUUUCUAGUCUACACUAUAUGCUUUUAUGAAACUGUUCACGAUAAAUGGUGCCUACAUAAAAGCAUGCGGCAAAUUGAAAGCGGCUUAGAACACGCUUUCGUUAAACGCUGUCCAAACUCCGUUUAAAUAACUGGUCCUAACUUUUUCGUAGCAAAUUCACAAUUACUUUCAAACUGCCUCUAUCUAACCUCUGCGGAAUUUAAUAAAAUGCCAUCACUUCCUUCUGAUACAUUCUCCUCACUUCAUAUUAAUAUCCGUAGUGUACCAAAACACUUUGAGGACUUAUCAGCACUUCUUCUUACAUUGAACAGGUCUUUGUCCGUUAUUGCUGUUUUUGAAACAUGGUUGCAUAGGGCUAAUUCUGGUCUAUUCUAUUUUCCAGACUACCAUUUUAUUUCUAGUCAAUAACGCAGGUUGCUGCUAUUGUCCAUUCUCUAAAAAAAUAGCAAAUGUGAGGGUGUUGAUGGUCUUUCUAUGUCUCCCAUCAAAGAAACAAUUGAUUUACGAGCUGCUCCUUUCUCUCAUAUCUGUAAUCUGUCAUUUGAGCAUAGUGUCUUUCCUGAUAAACUCAAAUUUGCAAAGAUUCUUCCAGUUUUUAAAAGUGUGACCCUUCUUUGUUCUCAAACUGUCGGCCUAUUUCUAGUCUCCCCUGUCUUUCUAAGGUCUUUGAGAAACUUUUUUACCUCCGGCUAUCAAGAUUUCUCCAAAGUUUAAUAUCCGUAAUCAUCAUCAGUAUGGCUUUAGACCACAUCACUCUACUGCUACGGCUAUCUUAGAACUUGUCAACAAUAUAUAUGAAGGUUUUGAAAACAAUCAGUACACUGUCGGAGUCUUCAUAGAUCUUAAGAAAACGGUUGAUACAGUCAACCUUGAAAUACUUCUGGAUAAAAUAAACUUUUAUGGUAGUAGAGGUAUUCCGCUAACCUGGCAUACUAGCUAUUUGUCUCACAGACAGCAGUGUGUCAUAGUUCAUGACCAUACCUCUGCAUAUAAUACGGUUGUAUGUGGGUUUCCUCAGGGUUCAGUUUACCUCUACUUUUUCUUUUAUACAUCAAUGAUCUUUUUUAUGUCUAAAACCUCUUGUCAGUCAUUCUCUUUGCUGAUGAUACAAAUAACUUUCUUCGUCAUAAUGACGUGGCUACCUUAGCAACUAUUCUUAAUGUAGAGCUCUCUCAUGUUUCUUAUUGGUUUAAUGCUAACAAUUGUUGAAGGGCUAUAGAAUUUAUUUCCCUUAAUUUUAUAGUUUAGUCAAGUCUCUUGUCACCAAUUGUAUACCUUGUGGGACUGUACUAGGUGUAUUUGUAUUUGUAUGGUUUAUAGGAAUGCUUAUUAUCGAGUGUUUGUAAAUUUAGUAGUCAUAAUUGUGAAGCAUUGUAUUUCAGUUGUAAGUUCUCUGACUACUUUUUCCUUCUUUUGAUUACUAUUGUAAUUACUUUAGUUAAAGCCUUCUUUUAUUCAUGCAACUUCGUCACGUUUUUCUGCUGACCUUAGGCCAUUUAAGCCCCGGCUUUGAUUGUUCUCAUGCAUUUUUCUCGAGUGUGUGAUAUGUAAUAAAGUUAAGUUAAGUUAGACCACACCAUGGCGGUGUCGGUUCGUUUUCGUCCCCUUAAGGGUAAAGAAAACAAGACCAAUGGCUUAGCGUCACCACCAAAUAACGCAAUCAUCUAAACUGAGCCAAGAUCUUAUACAGCAGGGGUGAUCUUGCCAUUUUGUCUGAGACCCUAGUUGCUGGUCCAACCAGCAGUGUUUGAACCCUUGACUUUCCCGCUUGGCAGACGGCGCUUAUUCAACUGAGCGAUGCAAUACUCUGUUAUGUUAUAUAUUUAGCUUUUUAAGUUUUUUUGAUUGAUAAGUCAUUGAUGGAUAGUAAUUCAUUUGCUUGACUAAGUGCAAACUUGAUCAGCAUCACACUUACACUUACAGCCAUUAAAGCACGCUUAUGCAAUAAAGAACAAGUUCAAUUUCAAGUUUAGUAAAGCACUUUGGAUACUUAACAAUUAUUCCUCGAGCCCGAAUGGGCUGUUGACUCAGAGCCCAUGAGGGCGAGAGGAAUAAUUGUUUUAGUAAAAUCCAACUAGUUGGUCAAAAAAUAUCGAGACAAAACAACUUUAGCUAGAUAAAGUUAGACUUAAAUCCUUUUUUGCCGCCAAAGAGCCGGUGCUUUUCGCUACUAGUGGGCUAUAACAUAUAGCCUAGUAGUAGCUCAACCAAUCAGAACGCAGCAUUGAUGAUAGACCACUAGUUGGAGUUUACUAAUAUCAUUAUUGAUCCUUGCCCGCAAAAUGGACUAGCUUAUGGAGGCCGGAAGGACAAGUAAAAAAAUUUACAAUAAUAGGGUUGAAACAAAAAAAUGAAAAAGAGAUGCAUGAACGUCAACAUAUUGCAUUAACAAGACAGUGAAUAAAUAAAUAAAUUUCAAAACAGGUGAAUAAAACAAAGUACGAAUUAAAUUUGCCAAGGCAGUUAAAGAUGACGUCAUACGCUUUGCCUGUGAUUCGCUUCUGGACUUCACCUCUGAUCCAGUAGGGGCCAAAUAAAUCAACUGCCACACAAUUCCAUGCGGGUGCUGGCUUAAGCCUUCCUCGGGGAAGCCGUCCCGUCAGUUGCGUCGUAGUCAUCUUGUUCAGCUUCUUGCGAGUUACACAGCUGUAUCUAAUUGACUUAGGUUACUGCGCGUCCGCCUACUACAAUUAUCUCUUCCUCUCGACCUCUUGGACACAGGCGUCUGAACUGUCCACGCUUCAUGUCUCGUGUCAUAGGUUCUUGGGCUUGCAGCAUCCAAAAUCGCUCCGCUUUGGCUACUUCCACUGGCUCAAGGACUCUCGCCGCAUUUCGGUUCGGAACAUAGUAAGUACUCUAGCCGUUAGCCCUACCAGCCCUGUAUAACCCAAAUAUCUACUUAUGUCAAUCAUGACUGCUAGGGAGUCUUUGGGUUUAGUGUUAGGUAUCAUUAUUACCUUAGGCUCCUGUGGAAGGUCUUGUAAGGUACACACUAUUAAUUGGCCACUCAGACUCUGGCAACUUCAAGAAAUCAGGACCCUUUUGCCACGCGCUGUUUAACUCGAUUUUGUUUGGUUUCUUGCCCCGAGUGAGCUGGUGGACUAUGUUCUGCUUGCUAGCUACCCAGCACCAGUCUUUGGGAUUAGUACCGCUUUGAAUCUCUACAAUACGUGUAGCAGCAAACGUGUUAAACCCAUAAGAUUCCUUUUGGGCCAUAGCGUGUACUAUCUUUGGGUCAACAAGGUGGAAGCACCCCGUAAAUUGAUAUCGCAACUCUCUCUCCAGCAGUUCUUUAAUUCGCUUGCGCAGCACGGCUCCGCGCAAUUCAGUCCGGUCAAUGGACAUUUUCUUAACUGGCGCGAGUCAGUUCUUAGAGAUGACUUAUCUGCUUUCAAACCCCCCGCUGAUCACUGCCCAUCGGACGUACGCACUCGCACCGUCACUGACGAUCACCAGCAUUGGGUCGCCAACUUGAUCUUGUUCAUACCAAAUAAAUCUGAAAAGAGUGUAUUCCAGUCUGCUCUGCAUUCGUCUGACACUAGAUCGUCCCAAUCAAGCCGCUCUGGUCCACACACCCAUUGCUUUCUCUUCAUGAUUUUUGCUCUAACGGUGAAUGGACCUGCCAAUCCAAGUGGAUCGUAGAUGCUGUUGAUCUGGGAGAGAAUCAUUCACUUUGUCAACUUCGAAGGAAACCUCUCUGUUAGUUGAUGGGAUUCUAUGUCUGGUUCGGUAUGAUGCUUCCUAGCCUGUUCACAGGCUAGCCGCUUCCUCUUUCGUCCGGAGAAAUUCAACGUCACCUUGGAGCAAAACUGAUCAUUAACUGGUCUCCAACAAACUCCUAAGACUUUUUCUGCGGGUGCAGACGUCUCACUGAGUAUCUCCUUCUCAUUUUGGAUGUCAGAGUUGCCCGAGUUGGUCCAGCAUUUAAUCUUGAAUCCUCCUAUGUCAACCAGCUUCUCUAUGUUCUGUGUUACGCUUUCGGCUCUCUUCCUAUCACCAACGCUCUCAAUGAUGUCGUCCAUGUAGGUGUUGUCUUUAAUGAUUUUGCCCUCUUGAGGGUACUUCACGUGCUCCAUUUCGGCCGUUUUUCUCAAUGCUACUGUGGUGAUGGUUCCUGACGCACUAUCGCCAAAUGAGACCCUCUGUGUAACGUAAGUUUCUAUUUCUUCUAUUUCUAUCUGGAAGAUCAGCCGGGUCUCUUAUCCAUGGAUACGGAGUCAUCCCUCUUCGUUCAAGGCUAUUGAACUUCAGAUUUCUCUCAAUCAACUGUGGCUCUUUCUUUUCCGUUAGACUGUACUUCUUCGCGCCGGGCGGAUAUUUUCCACAUUUACAACCCCCACAGCGAGGCGUACACUCCACCCUUACGUUCUCAGUAUUAUAGAAGUCUUCAAUCUCUACUUUGGCUUAUGAGAGCAUUCUGCAUCGCGUGAUUUGCAUCCAUUAAGUCCGUGUUAGGGCCGCCGAGACAUCUUCCAAAUCAGUUGUCAGCAACAGUAAAUGACCUGACAUCUGUUCUGGCACGGGGUGGUAUCCAGGGUGUCCAUAUCCUAUAAGUACGCCCACUCCACCUGUCGAACAUAACGUCCUUGAAACGAUGAACUACGUUAUUGACGUUCACACUUUGAAUGUCCGCCGUUAUUACAUCGAUACCAGAAACUUCGAACGGUACGACUUGCCCCUGAGAGUCGAUCAGCGGAAGAAGGUAUCUGUUGGACAUAAUUGUUUCACUCGCGCCUCCAACUUUGACGAAAGAUAUUUCUACUCUCGUGCCGUGUAAUAUUUCCACUUUAGCCUUGCUGUUGGUGAUGAAACUUAAUGAUGCUGCAUUGUUCCAGAUAACAUUGGCCUAGCCUCUUCUUGUUCUAAUUCGUUGAAGUAGAAGAAGACAUUUGUCGCUCAAAGGAUCGCCGUAAGAACUUGCUGUACAAACACGCUGGCUUCCCGAUUCUCCUCGUGUAAUGUUUUCACCACAAUCUUUCCUGCUUCUGUAAUCACGCUGACGAUGCCCAAUCUUCAAAGAGGACCAGUAUGCACCCUUCUCUCUAAGCAUGUGAUUUUUUUUGUCUAUUCACUCACCACAAGUCUUGGAUAGCUAUAAUUGGCAUUCAUCAGUUCCGUGACUGGCAUAAUUGUGAAACAGGCGCGCACGGUUACUCUUGCUUUCGAAAGGCUGCUGCUUGUUUUCUUUGAGUUCUUCAGCCACUGCAUCAGCACAAUGAACCGACUGUUGGCUCGCUUGACUUCCAAGACUUCCAGGUGCUCGCAGAUCUGAUAAAUCAUAUUCGAUUGCCCUUUUCUGGUUAAGCAGAAACUUGAGAGGCCCGGAAACUUGUUUUUCUUAUCGACGCUACUCGAGUCAAAGCUGACCAGCCUCGCCCACUCUCUUCUAACAUCAGCUUGUAGCCUUACGGAGUUUGUGGUUGUUGUCUCCUUCUCCAGUCCGAGCCUCAACAGGUCUUCAUAACCACUUCCAAUACAUCGACAAGCUCCACGAAUCUCUUAUCUUCCCCCUCUUUGAUGGCUUUAACUCGUUGUAUGGAUCACCACACUUCUUGUCCAAGCGUUGCCACAUUUCAUCAACGUCAUUGUCGACCCCCUUCACGACCCCCAGUGGCCCCUCGCAGAGGCAGGAACGCAAACUAUAAUGCGCAGUGCUGCUGUUUAAACUUGCCAUAACUUGAACUUCAAAGUCUUUUCUAAAUCUCGGGUAUUCUCUCCGCUAAACCAGGACAUCUUUAUUUUUCAAGGUGAAUGUUAGUAGUUUUCGCUUCGAGAUUCUGAACACACACUUCUACCUUUAUCUGACUGGCAAUAACUGAUUCGGUCCUGUCCACAACUUGAUUGUAUCGUCUCUGCCCAAUUGAAAUCCAAUUUAAAGGCGUCCUCUGACUGCGCUCUAAAAACUGCUUCCUCUGUGUCUCGUUCUAUGAAAGCUUGAUCAAUUAAUUUUUGAGUUUUUUCGUAGUCUCUUUUAGCCGCCUCUUGCUGACCGACUACCUGUUUCUCUACGAUCGCCAUGGCUGCUUUCAAGCCGAUGUACUCAUCUCUCCAUGGCUUCACUAAAUGAAUUGUUCAACUCUGCUAUCCACGCUUCGCUUUCUUCUAUUUCGCUAUCCAUUAAAAAUGUUGUUUACGUGUCGUGCUUGGCUUCCCCAUUUCUCCACGCCUCGUUUAGCUCCUAGAAGUUCACUCUCACUAUUUCUGAUCCUUGGUCCUCCUCGAUUGACUUCGUUAACUCUGAGAGUUUUCUUGUAAAUCGUCCCUUCGCUGCGCAUCUCUGGUUUUUGGCGUUUUGAUCAGCCAUCAUGUCACGCUUUGAUAAAAUGCGGAUGAGGCCCUACAGGGGUCAGAUGGCUGGCAAAUUUCAUGUCCUCCACACUUUGGGGUAACUUUGUGACCCCCUCUAUACAAAAAUCUGUUUGACUUAAAAAUAUCGCAGCUUUAAGGACCAGUAUCAUCAAUCGGCGACAAAAUGAGUUGAGACACUUCGCCCAAAACUGGGCUUUUUUUUACGUUUUAUUAACUUCAAAAGGAGGAAAUAUAGCUUUCCUCCCCCAUCCCCUCCUUGCAAUGUUGUGCCCUUGUUCUAGCUGCCUAUAGAAAACAACAAACACCCCAACUUUGAAUGCAGGCGACGGGGGAGGGAUGCGGAUUCUUUUAUUGUCCGAAAUUACCCUAUUUAAGUACAAUGUCUCAACAAUUUUGUCGCCGACUGUCUGAAUCUCAAAAGUGGCCAUACGUCCUUUAGAAAGGUAAUUGAAUUCAUUUCUUUAUGCUGGGAUGUAAGUCCCCUGGUGGCUUUUUAUUUGUUGUGUUCGACGUCAUCAUACCUAUUUUAGAACAAUUAGAAUAAGGCGAUUUCGUUAUUUUCAGUGCGUGACAUUACGUGUCACGCUUAACCAUGCCUUGACAUCAUGCAAUGUGGCGCGUCGCGCACGAUUUCUUAUUCUCUCUUUUAUCGAAACGCAUCGAAACAAAGAACAAAGUGAAAAGGAUAGGAAACUUAAUAGAUUUCUAGGCAUUAAAGUAGUUAUAAUGGCUAAAAUUGCUCUUUAGGAGGAAUUUCCACGAGUAACCACGAUGAGUAUAAAAUAAAAUAAUCUGAUUAUCUUUUAAGAACAAAGUUGGUUACUCGUGGCCAGUCCCCUCCUGACCUCAUAGUUUCUACUGUAAAGUACAUUCUUCAAAGACCCUUAUGGGUAUAUGGGCAACGAAUCUGCGGCAAAGAUUUAGCGAUGCUAUGCAGCUGUGCCGUGCGUUAGAAGUUGGAACAUUUUUCCUGAAAAUUCUCCUGCGCAUAGCAAUCAUGGCUAUUUUAUCGUCCAUCCCACCCUUAUCAAAUAGCCAAACUUCGAAUAAACACUUCGAACUUACUAGGGAUAUAUUCAGAUACAAUAUAUUACCUGCCAUCGAUUCCUACCAAUCACACUUAGUUAACAGAGGAAAAUCAAUCAUUCGAUACGUGGCUAUGCUACGUAAUUACUUGAAAACUCUACCGAGUACAAAGAUUGUCAAAACUAAUUUUCCCUCGAAAAACACAGGAAAGGGAUUAUAUGAGUAUCUUAUCUAUCUUCUGAAAAACGACCCGGUGUAUAUAGUAAUCUCAACUAGUUACCGUCUCCUAACCGGUGCUAAUAAGACGACAGCGCGUAGAUUUCGAUUCAGACAAUCGGCGACAAAAUGAGUUGAGACAUUUCGCCCAAAACUGGGCUUUUUUACGUUUUAUUAACUUCAAAAGGAGGAAAUACAGCUUUCCUCCCCCAUCCCUUCCUUGCAAUGUUGUGCCCUUGUUCUAGCUGCCUAUAGAAAACAACAAACACCCCAACUUUGAAUGGAGGGGACGGGGGAGGGGUGCGCAUUCUUUUAUUCUCCGAAAUUACCCUAUUUAAGUACAAUGUCUCAACAAUUUUGUCGCCGAUUGAUGACUCUCAAACCUUACAAGGCUACUAAUUUAUACUGCACUUUACCCAGCAGCAUUACUAGAUUUUGCGAGUAGGUCUACGUAAAAAGUUGAGAAUCUGGAGGUCUGAUGUACUUCCUCAUAUAACAAAAAUAAGAAGUUUUAAGAGAGGAGUUUGUAACAACAUAAGUGAGUUGGUUUUGAAAGUAAAGUUCUGUGUUCUAUGUAUAACUAACUUAUUACUUUUACCAGGACACAGAAAGUUGUUUUGAAAACAAGUUCUACUUCUCCAGUGAAACUCCAGCUAACAAUUGAGGGAAAUCACUCAGACUUUCAGGUUUGGAUUGUUUUUGUAAUACGCUGUUUAACACUAUCCAGGCCUCAGUUGUCUAAAAAGUGGAUAAAGCUAUCCACUGGAUAAACCUCUAUCUAGUGGAUAACGCAAUUGGUUUCCCUAAUACUUAUUCACUGGGUAUUCAAUGUUUGAACAACUGGGACCAGGUAAAUCUGAAGUUCAUCUUAUACACCGAAAUGUAAAUACCAUAAUCUUUUGCUCAAAACUGUUAAUUUAUUCCCCUUAACUUAACAUCUCUUACUCUUAAAAAUGAUUAUUGUUUAAUUUGGCAGAUUCAACCGACAUUUAGUUCCCAUAGUGGAAGUCCAGAACGCCACCAAUCUACUCUUGAACCUAAGGUCUGUUAAUAACGUUAUUGUUUUUACUGUUAAUGUUAAGGAUGUAUUUGUAAGAUGUAAGGAUGGAUUCUCUGCUAAAAUUGAGCAAAUGUUUUAUGUGGUUGUUUUAUAUCAACAGAAAGAACUUCCAGUGCAUGUUAGUUUUUCUCCUUCAUCAAUGGGCCUCAUUUCUAGCUCUCUUGUUAUCAAGUCACUGACAGGAAGGGCAAGCUCUAAGGUAAUUCAGUGUAACAUUUUAGCUUGUGAAAUGAAAGCAAUAUUUCUAAUACAAAAGAUAAUGUUUUUGGUCAAACUAUUUAACCAUGAAUGAUAUUGAUUUGAGCGUGAGACGUGAUGUCUGUUAUACCUUUUUUUUUUCCUGUUAGAUUCCACUCUAUGGUUGUGGAGGUACAAGUCAGUUAGUGUUGGUUGAUGUAAGGCAACUCAGCGAGGGAUAUAUCAUCAAUAUCGGAGAGGUAACGCUUAAAAGAACAACUCAGUUCCUGGGGUGGGGUCAACUAUUAACUAUUUGUAGAUGAUGAUGAUAGUGGUGGGGGUAAUGGUGGUGAUGCUGUUGACAGUAUUAAGGGGAAUGGUUAGGAUCCUCACGAGGAUUCUUGGAUGCUCCUAAUGUCAUAUCAGACAAGUAAUUUUUUGCCAGGUUGCAGGGCAUUUUUCUCACUUUGCAAAUUUGCUAUCAAAUUAGCCUGUAGAACAGGCGUUAUCUUUUCGCGUUUUUUUGUUUUUUCAGGUGAGCAAAAGGAAGCACGACGUGACCUAUGCACGCGCUCCUCGCCCACUGCGCCUGAAAAAUGUGAAAAAAUAGCCCCUGUUCUGCAGGCUACUAUUGUGUCUGUGCAUUUCAAGAACUGUUUUGGUUUGAUAUUGCAUGUUGUGAAGUACUCUUUUCAUCACUGAUUGAAAUAUAAUCCAUGUAGUAAACACGAUUUCAUUCGUCUUGCAUUAGUGUAACAAAGACUAUUUUAACACUUUUCAUUUGUAAUGUAGGCAGAGUAACUUGUCCUUUUGUAAGAACAAAACAUAAUUUUCAUGCUAUAAAAUGUGUAAAUAACCGAGAUUUUUUUCUGACACCAGGUUUCACUUGGAAGAAAGAAUCCUAUCAAAGUUAGAUUGCGAAAUUCUGGUACCAGGGCUGCUUUUGUGAAGGCUGUGUGUUACUCAGGUACUGAUCAUUUUUGGGGGAAUUUUGUUUCUUUUCAUUUAUUUUUUAGUUUACAAGUCAGAUGAUCUUAAUCUAUCUUAGGUCAUUAUGGGAAGAAAUUUGUCGUUUUACCAUCUGUAGCUUUGUGUCCAGGUUAGUGACUGUAACCAUUUAAGAAGCAGCUCCUCUCCUGAACUGACAGUGACAAGACCUAUGCCUAACAAGGAUUUUAAGUGAACAAUAAUUUUCUAUACCUUUGGUGAGCCCGUAUGUACAGAACGAAUCACAUUUUUAUCCCCGGGGGCAAAAAUGUGCCUGCUGACAGUGAAGUUAUGUGUGAAAACAAAUGUAUCCUAUAGAAUCUUGACAGCCUUACUUACUAUAAUAGUUUUCAACUCUUCCUCGUAGAUGUCCAUUCACUUCAACAGUAUCCAUCCACACAUUUGACUGUGCAUCCAAACAACUUUAUCCUUUCUGAGAGAACAUCAAAGGUUGGUUUCAUUUUUACUAUUAGGGAGCUUAAGCGACGACAACGGCGACGUCAACAAGAAUGGCAAAAAAAGCAAUAAGUUUAGAUUGGCAAAACAACAACUUUGCACUGCAUCACGCUUUUUUGUACAUUUCUCUGCAGUCACAGCACGACUGCGACGUGAACAUGCCUAAUUUCACGUUUUAUGGAAUGCGGGAACAGACUUUCUUUUUCUUUUCCUGAUCCUCGAUACAGUCUUUAAGAAUUCAAUUCCCGAAAAAAUUGCCAACAUUUGACGAACUGAACGAGAUGGAAUAAGCGCGAUAAAGUUUGAAGCAGCGCAACUGUACCUGUACGUUUUUGCACCCGUCGCUGUCGUUGCUGCUUAAGCUUUCUACUUCAGUGUGAGGUAAAAAAUUGGUUGAGUGCUAAAAUAUGGGUCUGUAUUUGCGUAUAGCUUUUCGCGUUGAGUUAAGAACAGUAAUGCCUCAGGACAAAAACACAUCGUUCACACGCAUCGAACAUUAGGGACGACCUUAAGAUCUGACAACGGCGACGGCAAGCAAAACAACAGCCUUGCACGUGCCUAACGCUUUUUUGUACACUCCUUUUCUGUCACUGCACGACUUCGACUUUAAAUUGCCCAAUGUUACGUUUUAUUGAGGAUGUAAACCAGCUAGGAGGAAAUUUUCUUUCUCUCUCUGAAAUUGGAAAUGAUUGUUAGGAAUUCAACUCCAGGAGAGUUCGCUUACAUUUGAAAAAGUAAGCGAGUUGGAAUAAUCGCAAUGAUGAUUUAAAACCGCGAAUUCAGUUGUUCAGCGAUGUUGUUGCUGCUGUCGCCGUCGUCGGAUCUUAAAGUCCUCUUUUGUGCUGGAGUGGUUUGGUCGAGUUAAGGUUUCGUGCACUAAAUCCCAAUCCUCACACUUGAAUCUUUACUUCCGGCUCGGUGGGUUCCUGUCCUCGUUGCUACCUAUUCAUUUACGCUAUGGUCCACCUUCGUAGAAUUUUACACCUAAUUUCUCUGGCUUUAAAUUGUUGGAUGAGAUCUUAAUUUAAAAAAAAGAACCAUUACAUAGAGGGUCUUCCUUUUGCUUGCUCUGUUUUAGAGAAAAUACAAAUACAGAAAAGUUUAAAUUAGUGGCAAAGAACGUUUUGCAGGAAUUGUUUUAUUCUUUUUCCUGUGAUACACAACUGUGCUAACGGUAGCCUCUUUGCCAUUCGUAGACUAUACUGAUCGAGUAUCAGCCCCUGGAGAGGGAUGCCAUUAAAUGCCGUGCAUCCGUGAAUUCUGUAGCAGCUGUUGCUUUUUAUACUGGAGAUGAAUUCUUGAGGAGACAAUACAAGAAGUAAGACACGUUUAGCUAGAAAUGUUCUACUUUUGCAGCAUCUGGACUAGUAACUAGAAGGUCAUAGGGGCUCGAUUCCAUUUGGGGUAACUCGAACUUUUUCCUCCCUACCGCCUGUGUGACUGACUGAAAAAAUUUUCUUUUUCGGUGUACUUUUUGCUGGGCUGAAGUUUUAACUAUUUGGAUAUGAUGUGCAGAUGUCAAGCAAGGUGAACACAUCCCGAACAUCUUGAAGGAAUGUGUGGGGAAAAAAAGAAUGUGGAUUAAAGGGAGGAUUUAGCAUUAGGUCAUGAUUCCCUUAAGGCAUUAUUCCUUCGCAACCGUUCAUGGUUUACAUCAGCAGAUUUGUGUUUUGAGGUAUUUAUCAUCUUAAACAUUUUGUUUUGUCAGAAAUCUUCAAAGAAACCCUCAACAGCAGUUUUCUCCUGAAUCAAAAUCCAGUGGUCCGCUUGUUGGCCUUAAUUUUACCACAACUUUUCAAGAUGAAGAUAAACUGAUCGAAGGUAUAUUGCUAUAUCGUUGGACUGGCACUUUAAAUAGUAUUUUUGUAUGUGUGCAAACGUUUUGAAAAGCACUAAAAGAGUCUUACUUUACUUUGGAGAAGAAGUUAAACGCUUUAAGGCUCUCUUGGAAUGGCAUGGUUUUCUUUUGGGAAGACGUAAAUCACAUUUUUUUUGUUUAAUACUUGACCUUGCCUUUGAGAGGCAUCCGUAGAAGAGUCAGCGCCUUAAUAUGGUCAUUUUUUCUUCAAAGGUCAGUGAAAAUAGCUAGUCACUCUGCUUUAAUUUUAAAGUGAGAAAAGUCACGACUGAAUACAACACGCCCAUUAAACGAAAUGUGACUCAGUUUACUCCGAAGAUCAAAUAUAGAAUUGCUUGGGUGCAAGAAUGAUGUAGAAUGUGGUAAUUUUGACAACUGUACUGUACUCUCUUUAAACUUUUACUUGAUUGAAGUUACAGUGUAAAUAAAACUGGCAACAAAAAAGUGCGACUUGUAGAAUGAAUUGAAAAGCGAUGUUUAAGCGUUAUACUGUAUCACCGAUGUUCAAAAUUGUCUUGCAACAACUUGGCGGCAAGUUGCGUGAAUACUCAUGAAUGACUGGAUAAAAUUUAGGCGGCAGACGAGUCUCGCCACGUCACUUUCUGCCAAAUAAGUUUGUUUUAAGGUACAGUAAAACGGGAAAGAAAACGUGUAACUUAUUUUGCCAAACGAGUUGAAUGACGAUGUUGGGCGUUUUACCACCCACCAUCAAACUUGUCUUGUAACAAAUCAGGUUAUUGUAGGUUGCGAAAAGUUGUUGUUGAAAGUAGAGAGUAGUUCCACUUUGUACAACAAAAUCUGUACAUGUUGCGCGUUUUACCGGCCUAAGGGACGGACCAUUAGAAACGUUAUGGAAAGGGUGGGGAAUUUUUGAGCCGCAUGAAUAUUUUUUUUCGAAAACAUUUUUCUUGUAUGAUUUUUCUUAGGCCUUUACCGGAAUAUUUUUAAGGUUAUUUGGCGUGCAUGAAUUUUUUAAAUUCAAUUUCCCUUGCGUGAAUAAUUUUUUUGUUCUUCACCUCCCUCCCCCCUCCUCCAAAAGUUUUCUAAUGGUCCUUCCCCAAGCCAAACGUGUUUUGCAGCAAGUGCCGUGAUGCCCGUGUAUUUCGUGACUCCCGCGAAAGUUAAUCCAAUCAGGAGUCAGUAUUCAGGUAACUUGCAACAACCUUGUUUAUUGCAAGAUAGGUUUGAACGUGGAUGGUAAAACCUGCAACAUUACUUUCAACACGUUCUUCAGCAAAGUUGCAAAACAAGGUAAACGUUUUUGUUGCCCGUUUUACUGUAGCUUUAGUCUGGGAAAACUCGCAACUUGUGCAGAUUUUGUUGCAAGAGUACAGCUACUCUCUACUUUCUGCAACAACAUUUCGCAGCCUACAACAACCUGAGUAGUUGCUGGACAGGUUUGAUUCGUGGGUGGUAAAACACCAGUCAACUCGUUUAGCAGCAAUAUUGCAAACAAGGUUGCACGUUUUUUUGUUGCCUAUUUGACCGUUCCUGAAAUCAGAUUGUACACAUUUUUUUUUUUGUUUCAGAUGUAAAAUACCCCAAGGUGCCAAACUGGACUACAUUUUUUCAAAGCUCUGUAUCCAGGGUGCUUUUGACUUUAGUAGGAUCACCACCAAGUUCACACCCCGGCAACACAAAUGACCCUAACAGAUCAGUCGAUACUGUGCCUGUUUCGGAUAAACCAGCUCCCCAGCCUCAAAUGAACAGUCCCGUAAUGAAUGGUAAGCAUGUAUACUGUAACCUGCCGCUUAGAACCCCCCCUCCCCCACUCAUAAGCACCCCCCGCUCCCCACAGUAGACUGCGUAGCAGGCGUUUCCGCGCGCGUUCGUCGAGAAAGUUGGGGCGGGAGCAUAAAAGAGGGAGGGGAGAGUUUCCUCUUCUCCCCUCGCUCUCCCUCUUUCAUUUUUUUUUUGGCUCUCACUCCAACUUUCGCGCCAUAACUCGAUGGAAACGCUUAUAGGUCCAGCUACCCGUCGAAAAAUACAUCCGAUUUUAAAACUUGAAUUGAAAAAUGAUGUACUUCAUACAUAUUGUUGUCCUUAUUAUUUGCAUGCUUGUUAGUAAAUAGAUAUUACUUUAAAAUGAGAUAUACAGCUAUUUCAAUUAACGUUGGUAUCUACGUGACAAGACCUAAUGUUCAAUUGGGAAGCUGUAAAUACUGUAUAAUUGCAUUUAUAAUUUCAUGGUUGUCAGUGUCGCAUGCGGGUAUAAAACCUAAAAAACGUUUGCUUUUGUGAUUCUUUGACAGAAAAGUUGCUCCGCGGCCAAGUUUGGUACAUUUUUUAUUACAAUUACCCAUAUUGCUUUGCGGUCUCCUCUUGUAGGCUUUCCAAACAUGCUAAUUAACAUUGCUCUACGGCAAAUCAACAGUAUUCCCGUAUUGUGAUGAACCGAUUUUUUUCCAACAGGAAAUCUGGAGGAGAAAAGCUGGGCUGUCAUUCCUGAUUUUCUGACUAUGACACCUUGCAAAUCACGUAAGUUGACCAACAAAUAUAAUUAUGGUACAGUCAACUCUCUUGAAGACAGAAACCUUUGGGACAGUCACUAAUCGUAUGUCUUAGAGAGAUGUCCGUCUUAAAGAGAGUCAAAUAAAGGGAGUAAAGAAAGGCAGGGACCAACUCAAGGUGUCUGUUUUACCGAGGUGUCCCUCUUACAGUAAUAGAGGGAGGUGUCCGUUAAGAGGGAGUCGAAUUAUCUAUGAGAUUUCAAUUGUGUAGUAACAGAUACUGGGUGACAAUCGUAUUACCAGCAAAAGCAUUUCUUCCUCAGGGAAGAGUUGGCUAUAUAAAUAUGGUAAUCAGAAAAUUUAGGUCCAAGUGCCACUAGGAAAUGGUAUUUACUUGUCCAAGGCUCUUAAAGCUCACUCUGCCUGUUCUCUAUCUAAGCUUCUCUCGUGACAUGUAGGAGAAAGCUGUUUCUUGAGUCAGUGACACGGGCGGCUCGAAAGAAAAAAUCCGAGAACUCCCAACAGGAGUCAAACCUAAGACCUUCUGUUUACCAGUCCAGAUACUCUACCUCUGAGCUACAGGAGACUCGUGGGAGCUCAGACCAAUAAACUAGGUUCAUGUGACAAACAUCCUGCAUAUUGCUGGGACUAGAAUAUCGAUAUGUGCUUAUGCGCAAUGAUAGAAUAUGACUUGAAUUUUAAGCCUGGUGAAUACUUUAGAAAGAUGACUCUGUAGUCAAUACCACAGGUGGCUCAUAUCUUCUCGCCACCGUGUAAUAGAGCGAUUUUUGUUUGACCUUGAAAUGAAAACGCGCGAACAAAACAAACAACAAUCUAACGGAAAUAGAGCGAUUCGAUUGGUUUAUAGAAUGGACACAAACGCGCGCGGCUUUUGGUUGGUUAAGCGAACACUCAGGUGAAAAAACUUCAUGCCCGUGAAUUUUCUACGAAUGAAUCGAUACUUCGCUUUGACGUCAUACUGCAACACGAUUGGCCAAUCAAUGCCUUCUCCAUAUCAGGGUUUUCUUUGGUGGAAAAUCGAAGAGUCCGUGUUUUGAUCUUUUCAUCCAUUGGCUGAUAAAACAAAUAACGAACACUUACGGAAACCAUUUUUCAAGGUCAUACGAAAAUCGCUCUAUCCCUAUCCUCUUUAUACUCUUCUCCUUUUAUACUUUCGGGACCGAAUGUUUCAUAUAAGGUAGAGGACUUUUCACUUGCUCAAGUCUUUACAAUAUAGUAACCUUUUUACAGUUUAAUACUGAAUGUAGCUUUGCAACUGGGCCGCUUCUUGGUAGUACUUCACAUCAGCGUUGGGUUUUGCCUUUUUUACCUAAUAUUGUGAAAGGACACAGUGUGUAAAGAUUACAUGACAGAAUCAUUUGACUCUUUAAAUCAAUGGUGUUUCCUUAAAUAUUUGUCCUACGUAUUACUUCCAUUUCAGAAGAUGAUAAAAGUGGCAAAAGUUCUGAUCAGCUUAGAAUUGUCAACUUCUCGGAGCGUUCAUUAGGGUGAGCAAGUGUAAAUGAUAAAUUUAAUCUGUUUUGUUAAUAUAUGUUAAUAAUGUACAAUCACUAUUAAUAAUAAUAAUUAAUAAUACAGUCACUAGAAGUAAAGAAUAUCAGGGGAGAAAGACAUGUUAGAAUUAUAUAUAGUUACAGCAAUUUUAGACUUUGAGCACUCCAUCUACACUGGCAUGGUAAGGACGAUACAACAGAACUGGGCUUCGAUUUGAUUGUUGCUUGGAGAUAGAGCUUGUAUCUUCUGUCACGUGGGGUCUUUCCGAUAAGUCACGUGAUAGACCACACCAGGCACCAUCUAGGAUCCCCAACUCUUUCAAACAGCAGCAUAGGCUCCUUAAUGUCCUCUUGAAUUGAUAAGAAAGGGUGAAGGAGACAAUUGAAGGCCAGCGACUUUAAAUGGCUUUGUCACUCUAUUUGCUAUAUAUUUAAAACGCUAAACUUUUUCUUGCAUCAAUUGUAUUCCAAAAAUACUGUAAAAUUCCGAAAAUAAGCCUCGGGGCUGAUAUUUUUCAAAGGCCCUUUUUGAGGGGCUUCUUUUUGGAGAGGCUUAUCUACGGAGUGAAAUUUGCGUUUCAAAAUCGAUUGGGCUAGCCCUACAGUUGGAAGGAAAUUUACCGUCUUUGCUUUGUUUUACUUUGCAUUUGAGGGCAAUUUUCCGGGUACAAGCCCCCGGGGGGCUUAUAUUUGGUGGGGCGAUUUAACGGAGGGUUUUUUGCGUUACCGGUUUUGGGGGCUUAUACAUGGAGGGGCUUAUUUUCGGAAUUUUAUGGUGAUAGUUCAGUUUUUAUCAUUAUUAUUAUUUGAGGAUACUGGAAUAUCAACAAUCAGACAACUCAGAACGUGAUGAACAAGAAUUAUUUUGCGAGGAAGAAUUUAUAUCGUCCAAGCUGGCGCUUGACCAAACUAAACUGAUUUUCUUACCCUGUCCUUUGGCAGGUUUGAGUUUACAUGGCCUGGACAUGCAAUUGUCAUCACCCCUGAAAGAGGAGAAAUUCCACCCAGGUAACCACUCAAUGUAGCCAAUUCAGUCAGAAAGAGUCCGAAACCCGGACAAACCAAACGCUGUUAUUCCCAACAGCGUAUUAGCAACGUUAAGAUUUUAUUACUGGUAUGAGAAUAAUUAGUCAAGUACAUUUUUGGAAUUUUAACCAAUGUUUUUUAUAGGAUAUUGCCUGUCUUCUAAUCUUUGUUACUGUGUUUUCUAUUUUGUUAGGAGUCAAACUAAAGUAUUUGUUAGUGCCAAGCCAAAUCCCUCCAACUCUCUUACCCACCUUCCCUGGGUAGGCACAAUUUACUUGAACUGUGAUGGAGUGCAACAGGUAUAGAAAAAAGGGAUCAUUAUACGUUUCUGGGAAACUGCCCACCUACCCCUCCCCUAAGCUAACAUUAACACGAACUUGAGGUAGCAUUUCUCUUAGAUUAGUUGAUCAUUUCACCUACCAUUGCAAGGUCUUCAAAGAGAUUUUCAUCCGAUAAAAGCGCCAGGCUAAUGUACGUUAAUCCCAGAUAGCUUUCUCAUGUCACGAGGGAAAAAUUAUUUAAACAUGCAAACGUAAUAGAAAAUGCGUGAGUUUUGUCAGAUAAAACUCGCGAACGCUCAAGUAAAGAUUCAGGAACCAGUGACGAGAGAUUCUGAGGAUUUGCAACACCUUUCCCCAGAAUCUAUUACUAAAAUUAGUAUGGGGUUUUGCCCAAGCUAUACCGCUCCGACACAUUAAUAAAGUUUUCUAUUUUAUGCUGUUCUACCAAGUUCAGGUCAAUAGGCAUUCAAAUAACCUUUUUUGUCCCUAUUCAGUCGAUCAGGGUACAAAUUAAAGAAGAGCAAGUUUUGGAGAGUUCUCCCCUUCAAUCUGGUGCAUUGAAUUUCCAGUCCAUCCCAAUCACCGCUUCAGGAGGAACUCCUCUUCCCUCACAUCAUCUUCCUCCACUGAGAAUAACAAAUAAAGAUGUUAUGUUUGGAGCAACACUCAUUGGAGCAGUGAAAAGUAUGUCAUCAGUAAAAAUUUUUGUCUUUGUUUAUUCGUUCAUUUAAAAAGUUAAUUGGGUUCUAAGUUUUGAAUAUGUUAUCAUUCAAUCACUUUUCAACAAAAAAGAGCUGAGAAAGUGUGACGUCACAAAAAACCUUUCUUAAUUGUCAAACGAUGGAAGAAAAGUAUAGGCUUAAGUUUUGUUCUUGAGUGCAAUCAUGCACGGGACGUAUUUGCGGGACCAUUUUUAGAUUUGAAACUUUGCUACCAUGUCAAAAAGACUUAACGACUUCUCCUUGCUAGUAUUGUACAGCUACAAUUUUUUUAACAUACUGGUAGGCACUUAUGUUUUGUUAAAAAAGACAAUUUUAUAUUUAUUUUUAACUUGCCCUCGGGAAUGAAAUGCUAUUGUUAGGAAUUAGAGAUCUUUUUGUUCAUCAUCUGUUUUGUCUUAUCUUUUGUCUAUCAGCAUCAGAAAUAUCUUUAACCAACACAGCCGCAUCUGAUGUGAGUUGGAAUCUGUGCUCUGUAGCACCAGCUUAUGUCAAGGUUUGUAAUAAGAAAUCAGACGAUUCAAUAUUUUAAUCGACCAUUUCAAGCUUUUUUUUUUCAACUUGUAACUGGGACCAGUGUGCAAGCCUUUCUCAGCACCGCUGGAAAUAGUUUUCAAGUUGAAGGGUGAUUGUAAGAAAAUAGCGAAGAUGUAACUCCGCAAAGUCGCGAAAUAUAUCAGACAUUUUAGAGCAAGAAGCCUAAAAGUGUUACCUCCUUUAAUUAACUCACAUUCUUUCAUUCAGACAUUAACCAAUCAGAAGCCGAGGACAGUGUCCAGCUGGCUUCUUAUUGGAUUAAAUCUGUGCGAAAGAAUGUGACUUUAAAUUAGAAGCGGUCACACUUGUGGGCUUCUUGCUGUAAUGUAUGGUGGAGAUGGCAGCAAGUUCGUGCCCUCCCACCACCUUACUAGCGUCUGUGGAACAAUAGGGAGUUUACGCAACGACGACGACGGCAACGAGAACGGCAAAAAAAAAAUAGGUUUAGAUAAGCAAAACAACAACUUUGCACGUGCAUCACGCUUUUUUGUACAUUUCUCUGCCGUCGUUGCACGACUACAACGUGAAACUUCCUAAUUUCACGUUUUGUCGAGGACGGGGAACAGAAGACAACGACUUUCUUUUUCUUUUUCUGAACUUUGAUGUAGUCCUUUAGAUUUCAACUCCAAAUUCGAAUUAAACGAGAUGGAAUAAGCGCGAUAAAGUUUGAGGCAGCGCAAACUCACUUUUUAAGUGACGUUUUCGUAGCCGUCGCCGUCGUCGUUGCGUGAAAUAAACAAGCGUGCAAGCUUUUAGUAAAGCUGUCCAAAAGCUUAUGUCAAUUAAAUUGUCAUACAUGAGUUGCAUUUUUCAAGUUCUAACCCAUUGAAUUACAGGUUGAUGAUACAGGAAGCAUUCAUAGGACAACAUACAAUGCAUUUAGUAUUCCAAAGCUUUCUGGCUCAUUACAAGGUCACGGGACAGCACAGGUAUACGAAUACACACAUCAAUCAAAGUUAACUGUAAAUUGUAGAAAGUGGAAUUCUGGGUAUUGAUUCGCUGAUUUUUUUCUCCUUAGUCGAGUUGAUUGAAUAAACAUCCUACCAUAAUAACUUGUAUGACCUGAUUCAAUUUAACCCGGGAUCAGUGGCAACCCAGCUUAAAACAACACAGCCCCGGUUAUUUCAACUGAAACUCGUUUUCCUUCACUUGCCACUCGUAACCCGCCGAUUUGUUCUAACGCAUGUCUCUUAAACCCCGAAGUAAUUCAUUUACAUGUAUGCACAAAACAGUCGGGAAAACAAACCGCUCCCAUGGGCAAACACACUCAAAUUAAAUGUCGGGAAAACUCUUUUUUUUAUUUACUUCCUGGUAUCGGACAAACUUACCCACGCCCUGGCUUAGAACCAGCAACAUUAUAACGUCAUCAUUUAUUUUAAUUAUUUACUUAUCUAUUUUCAGAUUGUUGUAAAGUUUCAGCCUAGGGAUGUUGGUGAAUAUGAGCAGUCUUGGGAUCUUUUGGUGAGUCCGUCAUGUUUUAUUUAAAGUUCGUGAUGUUGGUGUUCUACAGUCUCGCACAAAAAUAAGUUGGGAAGAUAGUACAACUUAACAGUAAUCUCUUUCAAUCUUCAAAAAGAGAGUUUUUUUCUUUUGCUAAAUAUCUUCCCCCGCCAUUAAGCAGGUUAAGCAACAACAAAAGGCAAAAAGCAAUGGGUUUAGAUUGGCAAACGUGCGUCGCGCAUUUUUGUACAUUUCUUUGGCGUCGUUGCACGCCUACAAGUUGAAACCUCACAUUUUUGCGUUUUAUGGUGGACGUGAACGCUAGACGACAAUUUUGUUUUUCUUUACCUGAACUCAAAUACAGUCCUUUAGAAUUCAACUACAGCAAAAAUCACCUUUCUUUGUCGCAUUGAACGAGAUGGAAUAAAUGCGAUAAACUUUGAAGCAACGUGAAUUCGCUUUUUAACUGACAUUUGUAGUAGCCGUCGCUGUCGUUGUUGCUUGAGCUCCCUAACGUUGGGAUAAAAAGAGAACGGUUACGCGCAGAAACAUUCAAGUUUUGUUCAACAUUGGGCCAGGGGAAGGGGGAAGAAGAAAAAGAGAGGUAAAAACUGAGAAGUAGCAGCCUUCCCAACACUUUUGAUUGUAGCUUAAUUUCAUUGGAAUCUACGAGCUGCUAGAAUGUCAUGGCCUAACACCUGCUGGAAGAAUGAGGAUUUGUUUACUUCUAUGGCUCCUGUGCCACAAAUGGAAUGUAGCAGCAUCACCUCCGGUGUCGGAGACUCCGUGAAACUAAGUACUCUUUGAGAGGUGUGGUGUGUAGCUCUUUAAAUGCAGAAACGAGCUCGUUCUUGGCACCUACGAAGUUCGUUCCCUAGUUGCAUCUAAGCCCUCGGACUUUUCCUCUGCAGCUGAUGAAACGUCUGAGAGCAUUCAGGAACGAGUUCGUUGUCAUGCUGUUAAGGGUUUCUAAACGUAUUGCACGUGACGAAAGGCAGGUGAAUAUCAGGCCCCAUCGCUUGAGCUCUUUCCGUCCUUCUUUAAUGUAGAAUAGGCCAAACACAUCCAUCCUAGUGUAGGUGAACGUAGGAGCUGGCGUGACGCGUUCAGGUGGUAGAUCUGCCAUCUUUUGGUUUUGGGGGUGGCCUCAUACCGGUAACUUACGGCAUACAACGCACUUGGCCUCGAUGUUAGAGGUUAAUGAAUGGCCACUGAUGAUGUAGUAUCCAGCUUGGCGGAUUGCGUUGUGAGUUAUGCCGUAACCCUGGUGAUGCUGCUUCCCAUGAUGGAACUGGUGUAUGAGGCACGUGACUCUUCUUAGGUAUGAUAAUGGGGUGUUUCAUUGAAUAAGGUGAAGUCGCGCUCUUAAGUCGUCCUCCAACUCUAAGCAGGCCUUGUUUAUCGAUGAAGGGUCUAGCUUCUGCUGAGCUUAACAAGGCCAUUUCUUUCCCGCGCAUUCUUGCGAUCCUGAAAUUGCGUGUCGUUUCCUUCUAGAAUGCUGAUGGUCUCGAUUUCUUCUUUGAAGUGGUAGUGCUGAAUGGAUCUCAGAAUUAUACUCUCGGCUUGAGAGAGCUCUUUGACUAAGGGGGGCCCUUCUCUUGGGCGCCAAUUGUACUCUUUGUUUGGUCUAAGCCUUUCAAUCGCUCUCUGUACUUGAACGACACAUCGCUUGAGGGGGUUGAGCAUGGAGAUAUGCUUGAAGCGAUCAGGUUCUAAUAUUCCAGAUCCGCUGUGAAAGGUCUUGGUUUUGUAGAUUUUUGUGGCCAACGUGCAUGCUGGAUCCUUUCUGACUUCAAUGUCUGACGGGUGCGGGGCGCAAAUAGAUUGCUGUUGUAACGAAAGUGGAUCUUCUUGCCACAGAAAAGUUGGUCCUUUGAACCAGCGGUUACUUUGUAUUAGUUCCUUUGCUGUUAAACCACGGGAGACUUCAUUAGUUGGAUUUUUUUUUCCUGGGACAUGAAACCAUUCUUCUGGAGAGCUGCGGUCUGUAAUAUGCUGUACGCGAUUGCCAACGUAAACACGAAAGCGUCGCGCGUCAUUGUUGAUAUAUCCUAUUACCAUCUUAGAGUCGGUGUAGUAAUAGCAUUGGACGUUGCCCACAUCGAGUUCACCUUUGAGCAUUGCAGUUACGUGGACUGAAACAACGGCUGCUGUUAACUCUAAGCGUGGUAUUGAUAUUGGCUUGAUUGGAGUGACUCUAGAUUUUACCAUGAGGAAGUUAACGUGAACUUCAUGCGCAGAUAGUAAGUCUGACCGAUCCCGUGACGCUUGCGUCUGAGAAGCUAUGGAUUUCUAUUUUGACUGAGUCGCCGAAUUCCGGUGCCUUGACGCAGCGAGGAAACGUUAGUUUCUCUAAAAGUGGAAGCUCUGUUCGCCCUUACUCCCAUAGUGGUAGGAUGUCAGCUGGAAUUGGGUCAUCCCAGCUCACAUUUUGACUACAGAGUGCUUGAAGUAUCUGCUUCCCGUUCAAUAUGACGGGUGAUACUGCUCCGAGGGGAUCAUACACUGAGCUGAUGGUCGACAGGAUCCCACGACAUGUUACAGGUUUAUCUCCUAGCUCAAUGGGGAAUCCAAACGUGGCUGAACGGGCAUUGAGUUAUGCCGAAGAUCUAAAUCUUUAAAAUCCUUUGCGUGGUCGUUACCCGAUGUGGCUUCUAAGACUUCUUUGCAGUCACUCGCUAACUUGUGCAGGCGUAGAUUGUCCUUUGCGCACAUUGCUUGAGAGGCCUUGAUUAACUGUAGGGCUUACUGUGCUGUAGGGACGGCCUUUAAGCCGUCAUCCACAUAGAAGUCUCUAAGGAGAAAGUCUGAAGCAUCGUCUCUAAACUCCUCUCUGUGAGUUUCUGCUAUUUGCUGUUUAUAUAUUUUAUUUAUUUACCUGCGCCGGGGAAAGAUGCUGCACCAAAGAGGUGUACAUUUAUUUGGUAUUCAACAAUUGGUUUUGUGAGGUCGUUGUUUUCGAACCACACUGAGAAAGCGCAGAAAGUUUCGGUCCUUAGGGGUAACGUAAAAGCUGUGAAACAUACGCUCAAUGUCGCAAGUGAAAGCAACUUCUUCUUUUCUAAAUCAUGUCAGGACUCCUAUCAGGGAAUUUAACUGGUCUGGGCCUUGGAGCAGAUGCUCUUUUUAACGACUCGUUCUGGAAUACGGCACUGCAGUCAAACGUGACUCGGAUCUGAUCCGGUUUUCUCGGGUGGUAUACGUGGAAGUGGAAGAGGUGCCAUACUUUGCCCUUUUCUGUACCGAGUUGAUCAACAGGAACUCUGCUUGCGCGACCGUUAUCAAGUGUCUUCUUUAUAGAGGCUAAGUAAUCUUCUUUAAGUUUGCUGUCGUUUAAUAGCCGCCUCUUCAGGGAAAGAAGCCUUCUUAAACAGUGCCCUUUAUUGUCCCGUAGUGAUAGAUCAUCAGAUUUGAAGGGUAAUGGUGCUUCCCAGUUUCCAUUUGUGUUUUGUACAGGCCCAUAGUGAGCAUCUCUCGGAAGCGUUUAUCUUCUAUAGAAUCCGCUUGUUCGGUUCCACGAAUCUUGCCACUGUGGUGAAUCUCACUGUAAUCAAGCUCCAUCAUUUCACGUACUUGUUUUGGGCUGGUUAGGGCCUUAGUAUUUGUUAUUUUCUGUAAGAGUGGUGGUCUGUAUGUUUCCUCGCUGCGAUCUAGGAGGGGUCCUCUUUCCACUGUUACUCGAUUGACCGACGCUGAGUUUUGUGUUCGCUGCUUGUCUUUACAGACACGACCUAUUACGGUCCAGCCAAACUGAAACAUGUACUGUUCUGACCAGGGUUCCUCGUCUUAUCCGAAGAUGACAUUUAUCCAUUGGAAGGCAGCUAGAACGUUGCGUCCCAUACGCAGGUCUAUGUCGACGUCAGAACGAUGCUGUAUCUCCUCCGCAAUGUGUGAUAGAUGUUUCCAGUGACUGGCUCUACGGGGUGUAGCAAUAUCCUCGUGUGAAGCGGGCAUGUACUCUCGUGAGUACGCAAACGGGACUUUGAUUGGCGCAUAUUCGUUUUCUAAGUCUUGAAUGGAUGUCUAAUUACUUUCUUGGUUCUAAUCGAGUUUGAGCAGAUGAUCGUGCGUCUACUUCCAGUUGUUCUAGCGGGGCUUCAGAGAUGAACACAUCGGGAGAUUGAUCGUCUAGGACUGCAUAAGUUGUUAUUUUCGUAGCUGGAUUCGACUGAUGAUAUGCUCGCACUAACACGAGUCUAGCACACAACCUGCUGGUUUUCUCCUCCUCGCAGACUUUUGUGUAAGCUGUAGUGGUACUUUUGGUUUCGGUGGUCGUUUUCACGUUUCCGUCUAAGUGUUGGUACAAGAAAUACAGUUUCUGUUGAGCGCUGAUUGGUGCAGAUUCGAUCAGGGCGUCGAACGCUGUUUCCCAGACGAAGAAUUUAGUGUCUGUUUCGUCGCUAGUAAAGAUGUACGGUUUGGCUUUCGGGAGCCGGUGCAGUUGCGUUACUUUAGCUAAGGCUGCGGCAAUUUUUCAUCCCUCGUUUUUCAUCCCUCCCCACAAACGCCUGCUCAACUGAAAACAACAUUCCUUUCGCAUUGUUUUAUUUGCAUGGUAAGUGACCAAUCAACAAUUGUGCAAUAAAGUGUUGACAGGCUAAACACGACUGAAUGUGACCCUAGAGUUACCGUUUUCCUUCUUUUCUUUCCUUCGCUAAGGUUAUGCAGUGCAUGGAGUAUUCUAAAUUUUGACUAAAUUCUGAAUCUAACAUUUAUUAGAGGUCAGAAAGCUUUCCCAGUGUUUGUGCAGUGUUUAAUGCCAAUCGAGUAAUUAUCAGAUUACCUUGCGGUCAAGGUCAAUUUUCCAGAAUUUGGAAAGUACAAUGUGAUUGGCUAAGCUUGGGAAAGGAAUGUUGUUCUCGGUUGAGCAGGCGUUUGUAGGGAGGGAUGAAAAACGAGCUCCCCUGAAGAAGCGCGAUUUUGACUUUCCGGGGGGUGGACUUGAUUUUAUUUCAUGGUAGUGUGGUCGGCGAAGUCUUCGGGGUGAAGGCGUCAGCAUCUCUGCGGAAUAUGUAAGCUGAUGAAGGUAUAGGUUUUGAACUGGUUAAAGGGCCUGUGGGGGAGUGAGAAGUCAGGAGGUCCGUACUUGCGUUUGUUGGUCCUUGAGGAAGUAAAGCAAUUGGAGUGCUUUUUUCUGCAGGUGACGUAUAGUGAGAAGUGCAGGAGCAAGAAAUAUUGGCGGAAAAGACGGGAAUCUGAGUUGUCGGAAUCCCUGUGCCGUGAUGCAGUUCGCAUGGACUGUUCCUUUUAGGAUCAGAUUUUAGUUGUUCUACUAUCUCUGCAUGAUAACGAGCUCGUGUUCCGGUACAUUUGAGGUAUGGGAGGCUACUUGAUGCCCUGUGUCUAAAUGGAAGUUAGUUCCGAGUCCCCCAUCUUGGAGGGUGAUGUUAUCUGAGAGUCCCAUGUGGGGAGGGUCUCCUGUGUUGCUUCGAGACGUGACAAGUUGGUGACCAUUGUUCUCAUUCAUUAAUGAUGGUAACAAACUUGCGGCGGUUGUGGUCGGAAGAGUGGGAUGGGACGCGUAGUUCAAAUAUCUACCAAUCAUAUUCUCCGUUUCUUCUGGCAAUUUUAAAUCCUUGUCGUCCUUACCGUGCGGCUUUUCUUCUUUUAACGCCUCCUCAUAGCGGCUUCCGCUGCUAAUAAUUCAGUUUGUCUAGGGCUAAUACCUUAUUAAACGCGACGGUUUGUGCUGCUUGAAUAGUCUUUUAUUGAAGAAAGUAGUGCAACGAUAAGCUCUGAUCGCGGGAUGUGUUUUACGAGAUCUAGCCAGCAGUUUAAUUCUAGUUACGUUCGCUUUGCAAGAGCGAUUAUAUCUCUGAGCUUCCUGUCAAGUUGAUCGCGGUCUUCAGUGCCGGCCAGGAAUGCGUGGAACGCUUUGACGUUUGCGUGAAAACUUUUGUGCGGCUUUCGCUGAUUUUUAACUCGUGGGUACGCGCGAGCGUACCACGAGUUAUUGCAGGGACUGAGAUAUGCAAAUGAGUCACUCACUCACUCGUAGUAGACGCACUUCGUAAUUAAUCGGGUCCGAACUCGAGAGCGCGAAGAUCUAUCGUUUCCAAAGAAGGACGCGCUCGCCGAAGUUCGGUAGCAUCAAAUUCCUCGCUUCGAGCGUGCACCGUGCGCUACAGCACGGUUAGGAUAGAGGUCUUACCAAAUUUAAGACAGGCAGGAAUCUUUCAAAUUAGUACAAUUUAAAAGCCUUUGACCCGUCCAGGCGUUAAACUUGACAAGAAGAUGAGCAUUUGCUCUUCGACUCCUUCAACUUCGACGCUGGCUUGAUCUCCUACCUUGUAGUACUGUAGUAGGUUAUGUGUAUGAAUGAAUUUAUAGCGGUCAGUAUAGAACACGGACUGCGGACUACGGACUGCGUACUGGGUAUAAAAUAUGGACUAUAAAAUACGGAGUGGUGAAAUGUAUGGUAAAUAAAGGCACUUCUUCUUCUUCUUGAGGACUCCCCAAGAUCACGGGGGGAAAUGGAUGUGAGUUUGAGCAUUACCUUUUUAAAAUAACAGCGGAAAUCGAGAUAAGAAAACAUAAGCUAAUGUUUUGCGUCCUACUUCGCGGAGGAGUUGUGUCGGCUUUGUAUCGCAGAUGUUCUUUCAUAAAUUGCCAUGAAAUGCGUUUACUUGUCAGUAGCCUGGUUUCAAUUAGCCUUAAUUUCAUCCCAUUGCUUCGAGCCGUUUUUAUGGCUUGAUCGUUUGCCCCGAUCGUUUACCGGCGGAAGUUCCAUGGAAAAGGCAUUAAAUUUGAGACUUUUCGCCAGAUCAUGAGAUUGUCCUCAAUGGCGUAGAGGUUAUGUGAGGUCGGGUCUAAUCGGAGGUACCGGGUUCAAAUCCUACUAAGGACGUUCUUUUCCCCUUCUUCCUUUGUUUUUCUUUUUUGUUUUGUCUUGUUUGCUUAUUUGUUUUGUUGUUUUUUUUUGUUUUGUUUUUAAAUAUAUACUUAAAUAACUGUUACUAAAGUGCAAUAAACAGCAAGAAAAGUAUUGUGUUUUCAGAACAAGGAUAGUAUUUUUAUAAUAUGAAUUUCUAUCAUUUCCUAAACUUCACUGUGGCAAAACCAGAGGUGAUAACUAAUUGAUUAUUUUCUAAACAACGUACCCACGAGUUGACGAUAGUCUUUCUUUGAUUCUUUAAGCGCGCAACGCUUGAAAACCCUUCUCUGUCAUAGUUCCAGAACGUGUUCCCGAUGUUCCGUCCUUCUCAGUGGUUACUAGAGGUGUAUUUUCGUUAUGAUCGGGGAAAAGUGUAUUAUGCGCUAGAGUUUCAUAAUCCAGUAUCGCUAGUUUCGUCUUGGUUAUCUUGGGUAUGGCCUAGAUUUGUUUUUUGCUAGGCGUUUUGGAAGUUUUCCAUGGGAAAGCGCUUGUAUUUUUCACAAGAAGCUGUACCGUUAACUAAAAGUAAUUAGGCAACAUGGUUCCUCGCGACGUCUACUAAAGGUUCUUCUUUGAUUGGAUUCGUUUUUAACAACAUGUUAUUCAGUUUUCUUCAAUAGAUUAAUAACGUCUCGCCGAGCUAGUGCUCUUUCCCUCUUCUCAGUAGUUUCUUCUUUUUCUUCUUUUUGUUUUCGGUUCGGUUAAUAAAGGAACGGACUUACUUGUUGAGUUCUCGCUUGACUGCUCAUCUGUUUCCAGGGACAGACUUGUCGCUUGAAUGAGCUUUCUUGAUUGCUCUGGGCUCCAGGAACUUGCUUGACUUAGGGUUCAGAGAUUCGACUCACCUGAACAGAAAUUAGACUGUAGCGGCAUCAGCUCCGGUGUCGGAGAGAUCCUUGAAACUAAGAAAAUUAAGCGACUCAUAUGUUCCACAAGGCUGGGGUUUAUUGUGCCAACUUUUACAGCGAUACCGUUGUAGGACGUGUUGGGACGAACGCUCUAGUAGGUUCUGAGUUCAACAGCAAGAAAGGCAUUUCUCGUGAUGGUUACAUGUCGAAUUUCUGUGAGCCUUAGAAAAAACUACGCACGUGUAGCGGUAUUUAAGCUAGGGUCACGUGACGGCUAGCGGAAAAUCACUGUGAUGUAAAAUGUGGUUACGAUAAGGAAAUAGCUAAAAAUGCAACAAAACAAAACUAAGGCAUACGGGUGCCGUUACAUGGGAAAACAUCUUUUCUCAACAAAUGGUUAUUUGUUAUAACUGCAACCAGCUUAUACAUGGACAUGAAAUGGUAAUCAAAUAAAUUAUACUAACAAUGAGUAAUAGCCAUAACCGAAAGAAAUACUUUUUCCAUCUUUUUCUUUCAGACAUUAUCCGGCGGUAGUAAAUCAAAACAAAAAAUAUUUCUGCAUGGUCAGGUAUGACAUAAUUGACUCUGCGAGCAGAGGGUUCUCUCCUGCAUGGCUUCAAACGUUUACGAAGUCGUUCGCGUCGCUUUUUAGUCGCUUCCAACUAUGCGACUAACAGGGAAGCGACGCGAACGACUUCGUAAACGAUUAAAGUCAUGCGGGAGAAAACCUCUGCUCGCAGGGUAGACAUAAUUGUACUCUCAAGAAUGUAUUCAACUGUAGUUACUCAAACUCAAAAAAAUGAAAAAUACCACCUUAAUUGUAAGAGACGCUUCUAUAUUUAUUGGGAUGAGCGGGUCGGAAAAUCAGAGAUAACGUUUCGAUUUUUGCCACACACGUGACUUGGAAUCAAAAGAAAAUUCCCAAACCCAUCUAGAUUAGUUCAAAAUUUUUCAUCACUCGCACUAGGAAAAAUAGGAACCUCACGCAAAGAAGGAGGCUGCAGCAACGAGAACGUCUAUAAAGGAAGAUGUUUGGUGAACAAAACAAGAACUUUGCACGUGCAGCAAGCUCUUUGAUAUACUUCUUUACCGUUACUGCACGACUACAAUGUCUUAAUUUCAGGUUUAUAGCCUUCGCAAAAAAGAGACGAUUUUCUUUUCCUUUCUCUCAAGAAGGGUACGCCCUUAAGAAUUCAACUCCGAAAAAGUUCGCUUACAUUCUAGGCAAAACUGAACAAAGUGGAAUUAUACUGUGAUGGCGUUUGAGACAGUGCGAAUCCACUUUUUCAGUGACUUUUUCGCUUUCGUCGCCGUCGUGGUUAUACAUGAGCUUCCUAACAGGGAACGUACGAAACUUCGACGGCAACGGCGUUACAACAUUGUUGCGACAUUGUUUGGAAUAGUUAAAACGGCGUUGUCCCAAAGGAAAGGAAACAAAGGGUAUUUUAGGGACGGUUUUGUUGGCGUCGCCGUUUACGGAUCGUAAGGUACCCGACGUCCAGAAGACUAUGAUUAGAGAGUUUAACCUUCACGUAUACGGAAAACGUCAGAUUCAAGUUGAGAAUUUCGCAAAACAGAAAAUGAUCAGAUAAAGACAGCUCAAAACAAUUCUUUUGGUUAAAAAAUUGUGUGAAACUACUAAUUUAUGUGUAAUAAUAAUGAACAGUAAACGACAGGUGAAGGGGAAACUUGGCCACGUGGUACAAAUUUGCGUUCGCUGUUUGACGUAAACGUGAUGCUUUACCUCUAUUCACACCGUACAAACGAACUAACGUGCGCAGAAGAGAUGACGAGGCUUCACCCGAUAGGAAGGAACUAGUAACGUAAAGAAAAACAAAAAAGUCACACGGGAAAGUGGACACGAGAAAACUAACGUCGAAGAACAAAUAUACGUAUGGAAAGUAGGUCAUUGUUUCGAGGAACUAACGCACGGAAAAGCGGAAAAACGACGAGACUGACAUGUUAAAGACGGACUAAGGGAUGGAGAAGUUGUAGCCUAAAUUUAGGCCAUCACCUCGAGUUGAAAACUCUGGAGAAAGACCCGGGUGACUUUAGGCUGAAAUUUAGGCUAGGAGAAAGUAGAGCAAAGAGAAGACUAACUUCGAACGAAGAAACUACUGAACGGAAAAGCAGAGAGGACAAGGAUUGCACGGAAAGGAUGGACUAGCGCAAAAAGAACUGAGAAGAACGUUAAGAAGACAAUUCGAUGGAAACAGCCAAAAAUAACAAAUGUUGUUGCUAGAAGUAUCUGCAUGUGGCAACUGUUCGUCUGUCGUUAGACUGAUAGUAAAAUACUGUUGAAACUAGCUCAAGUGCCCAUAUGUGACCGAAAAGAUAAGCCAACUGAUACCGGACGAUUGAGCUGUCAAAGUGGGUAACGUUAGCUAAUUAAGACAAGCGAAAACAGGUUUACGAAAUGCGGUCAUUCUCCCGAAAGUCGAUUCGCUUGACUCCAUUCGCCAGGACAUUAGUCGAUUCGCCCGAUGACAUACAAUACUCUACAACCUGGUGAACAUACCUUUCGAGAUGUUAUUUUACUUACCCUUGUAUUCCACAUGCGCAGUCAGUCUUUCCAUGCUUAUUCCGUUUUUCCACAUUGAAAGAAUGAUAAAUACACUUCAGUUGAAUUGACUUAGUCUGGGCGAACUGCUAUUGGGCAAACCAACCUGAUACCAGUUUAGGUGCAGAAAAACGCUAAGAAACAAUGCUGGAAUAAUGACACAUUCUGAACACACUGAAAAGCAGGGCAAAGAAAAGGGCUAACAAUGUCUUUCUUUUAUAUCAUUGCUGCAAAACUGUUUCUCCAGACAAUAAACUCACGCUCGCUACGAUCAAGAACAGAACUGUUUUAAUGCUUAUAACCCUCUCUCAGUAAAGAUUACACACUCUCACCAUGUGCUUGUUGUGCUGAUCAAUCAUUCCUUGAAACGACAUCCUAUAAUAUCCAUAAACCUGGCUCCCAUGCCCCGAUGACCUGAGAGAGCACCUGACUAGUUCAAAAAGUGAAAAAAAAACACGAACACAGGGCUCGAAAUUAACGCUCGCAAACUCGCAAAAUGCGAGUGAUUUUGAUAAUCUGCGAGUAAGAAAAGUAUCCACUAGCAAACGAUUGCGAGUUAGAAUUAUCCAUGUCUCCCAAACAAAGGGAAAUAAUUUGCUUGUGGUCUCACCAGUUUGCUAGCGGAAAAAAAUCUUUCUAGCAAAACUUUGCAAGUGCACUAAAAAGAUAACUUCGAGCCCUGGAACAAAACAUUCUUAACAUCCUAGUAUCAACCUACAAAUUCUCACACUUUCUCCUAUUUGAUACAAGUAACUGGGGUCAAAUAUAAUGUAAGUUCAGUGUUCGACUACUUCUUAAUGCGGUAAAAUUUUCCGCUGCUACAGCUGCAGCCCUCCUAACAGGGCUAAUCUCCCUUGCUCUGGGGUUUAGGGAUGGGUUUUCUCUCACUCGCUGCUCUUGAUCACAGGAAAGCUCUAAAGGAAACAGAUGCUGGACUGCCCGUUCAAGGAAAGAUUUUUCUGCUCUCAACCUGACAGCUCGUACCACCCCAUCUCGGCCUUGGGAAGGCUUGACUACUAUGUCAGCAUGUUCAAUUUCCCUCAGUUACAUUCAGCUUCCUGAAUAAGGACCACAUCUCCUAGCUUGAAGGUUAUCUGUUUGGAUUUCAGCUUCAUGUGUCUUUCCCUCAGAGACUUCAGAUACUCCCCACUCCACCGAUUCCAUAAAACCUCUUUACACCAGCAUAGAUACUUCACUCUCUUCCUCAAGUCAGCAUUCCCUUCUUCUGUGCUUUCUUCUGGGACAAGUCUUGGUUGACCGAACAUCAUGGCACAUGGAGUCAAAACUGGUAGUUGAAUGUCAUCUUCCACGUGACAGAAGACUAUUAUUUAGUGCUACAGCAAGACUUCCUCAAGCUCAUUCCACGUGAGGCUAGCUCGACCAAUACUUUAGUACAAUGCCUGUGUUAUGAUGCCCACAUGCCUCUCAAAUUCCCCCGGCCCCCCUCCACCAGGGGGUUCUGCUUAGAUUAAAUUGCCACCUAAAAAAGGUUAACUCCUUAGCACUUCUCUCUUUUUUGUGGCUUCCUGUGACUCACCAGAAAAGGUCACAGCCAGAGUGUCCUCCACUUUAUCCCAAGGGAGCCUGAGUAGUUCUGCUCCAUUGGUUUUCCCCCCCAACUGUUCCUUAGCAUAUGUCUGGCUAUCUUCUGUCAACUGAUUAUCUGCUUCCAGUUCUGGUACAUUAGAGUUCCACUUAUGCAAUUCGAACCUCUUUAAAAGCCCAUAUUGCAGUUCCUGUCAACUCAUCCACUUGAUCAACCAUAUCUUACCCAGCGAUGAUGUCAUCAGUAUAAAGACUCCUCAUGAUUUCCUCCACAUGCUUUGGGUAUUCACAUCUUAAAGUUUCUAAAUUUGUUUCAAGGUCCCCGCAAGAAGAAACAGCGACUGCAUAAGUCCAAAUAAAGCCGGCAUGAACCUCAGUCUCAACUUGUAAUGAGUCUAUCCCUUAUCCAAUGAAAUCGAAGUGUGUCAUGAUCUGCUUCUUGAAUCUGCACCUGCAAGAAGACCUGCUUAAUGUCUCCACACAAGGCAACUGGUUUGAGACGGUUCCGAACCAGCACACUUCAGAGCAAAUUUUGUAUAGGUGCAUGGCCCAGUCUCUAAGGAAUCAUUCAAUGAAGGGCCCUGGCUGAUGCAUCAAAGACCAUACGCAUUUUGGUACUCUGUCUUGCUUCUCUUAUGACUGCUCUGUGUGGCAGAUAUCAUUCUCUUUCCCCUUGAGUCUUAUCGCUCACUCUCUCCUAAACACCUUCUUUCAGUUGGUUCUGAAUUAUUUUGUCAUACCCUCUAGGUGACUGGGUACUUCUGCAAUUUCUUCACAAGGUUAGAUAGUUGUGCGAGACUGCCUUUCUGAUUAUAUCCACAUAUCUCGGGUUUGAGAUAGUUAGCAAAGUUCCUUUGUCCACUUUGCUCGGGAUGGGCAAGCUGAAAACUCCUUUAAUGUUAGAGACUUGGACCUUGUACAUUUCUAUCUUCCGUCUUGUCUACGUCAUCGUCAUUUCGAUUCUCUUAUACUCUCUUUGAUCUGGCUUUCUCUUCAUUUGGCUAAUGAGUACCCCUGAUACAUCGCAGGUAAUCAAGACUGUUCAAUAAAGCUCUGCACCUAAUUCCAUCCACUUCUACCACAACUACUGGGUACGCCACUAGACCUCCACUUGUUGCUAGCAUCAGGUGGUUUGAAAGCUUAUCACAUGUCGAAUUAUGGUGCUUCCCAUUACACCUCUGGCAAGUUGUAGUGCUUCUGCAUUCUGGCAUCACUCUAUGCCUGGUGCCAGCACAGUUAAAACACAACUUAUUGUCUGGCAAGUACCUCCUCCUGUUGGCUACCUCUUUAUUUUUUUUCACAGUCAACUAAUUUAUGUUCUUCAGACAUACAGUAAACACAACCCGUAUCAUUUCCACCCUCCUGUUUAGCUUGAAGCAAUGGGUCUCUUCCCUUGUCACGUCUUCCAGGGGUUGCCAUCUAGGGAGACUGGGUUCCUCUCACACCAUUUACUUAAAGCUUCCACUAACUGCAGGAACCUCCACUCCUGUCAGUUAUCAUAUUCAAGUCUCACUAAAUCAGCUCUUAUGCCUAGUAGUUUAUCUAGGGUAAGUCUAAGAUACCCUUUAAUAUCUUUCUCUUUACCCAUGGACACUAAGGUUUGGACAUUAGUACCAGUAACCAGUUUCUUAUAGAAAUCAUUAAUUGUUGUUGGGUUAGUCCCUGUGAUAACUGGCAAGGCCAUUAGGCACUGGAUGUGAGCAUUAUUCAGCUACUUCACUUGGCUUUUCAUAUUGGUCAUAAAAAUGUUCUUAGCUCCUGUGUAUCCUUGACUGUUAAGGGCAUCCCAUCGAUGACAGCUCUAACUCUUGGUACAAGUAGCUCAUUCAAGUAUGAGAAUUUGGCAACUUGACCAAUGUCUGAUCUGUCUAUUUCCGCUUCAAACAGCCCCCAAGACCUUUGCCAAGCUAAAUGCGUCCCCUGAAAUUUCGUUAUCACAGGUUUGGGUAGUUUAACUUUUGGUUUGCCUGCAUCACUGUCCUUCUCGACUGUUUUUGCUUCAAAUUUCUUCUUGAUCUCAAUUCUUGCUUUCUCCUCAUUUUCCUGAGUUUCUCUUGCGUCUUGUUCCCUUAACUUUUGUUCCAGCUCUUCUAAUUCUUUGACCACUUUCUCGAGCUUGCCCAACUCUACUUCAAUACCCAAACUCCAAUCUUUAAUGACAUCAUCACCUCAUCCAAUUUUAAGUACUUGUACAAUCGCUUUUAUUUCAUGGAAUUUCUCAACUUUGCUCUCCAUAGGCUGCCAUGUCUUAUUUGAAUCUGUUUUAACAAUUGCUUCCAGCAAUCUUGUUGGUGUUUUCAGUCGUCAGCUGCAGUACUUUCAAUUUGUUUUGGAUUGUUUUCUCCUGAUUUUUGAUGGUUUCCGCUGUCGUCAUUAUUUCGUUCUAGCAGGGCCGCCACUUUUUUGGAACUGCUUGUCCAUACAGUAAACUCACGCUCACCUACAAUCAAGAACAGCACUGUUUUAAUGCUUCUAACCCUCUCUCAGUAAAGAUUACAAAAUCUUGCGAUGUGCUUUUUGUGUCGAUCGAUCACUUCUUGAAAUGACCUAAACCUGGCUCCCAGGCCCCGAUGAGAGCGCCUGACUAGUUCACAAAGUGAAAAAAAAGAAGCAACAUUCUUAACUUCAUUAUCGACCUACAAAUUCUCACAAUUGCUACACAAAAGCCCUAAUGCUUGAAAAACAGCCCUGUUGAAGAUUACAAGGCUGCAUGAAAUGUUAUCUAGAAAAUAAAGUAAACAGAAUUUUUUAAUUAAUAGUUAGAUGUAAGACACCACACGCCUUUUUUCUUUCUUGAGUAAUGUGAAACUCAAAAGGGCUAUAAAUUGGUUCAUCUAGGAGGGGUGGGGGGGAUUUUUCAGCACAUGGUUUUUAUUCAACCUCUCAAAUGGAGAUUCAAUAUCCAGACACUUUUUAUCUGACCUGGUCAUCCCCAUAAAUGUUAAACCAUCCCAUAUGAAUUGACUCUAGAGAAAAAAGAGUUAUGUAGAAGUACUAGCAAAAAGGUUAAGUUAUCACUGAGAUUAUUUUGAUAAUAAUGAAAUUGUAGUCUUUCAUCUAAUAGUCACGACAAAACUUGUUACUUGUCUCCCUCUUGAGUGUGUGGUGAAAAUCUAGUAUUUGACAUCUUCUUGUUUGGUUUAAGGCUGUUGAUAAAAUUAGUUCAGAAGGACUUUUUGAUGAUGACCUUCCAGCAAAAACAAAGAAAGUUACCAUCAAGGAGCCGUACAGGUAAGGUCAAUUUUGGGGUUUGGUAGGGAAGGUUGAGAGAGAGUGGCACAGAGGUCAGUUUAGCAUGUCUUACCCUUGAUUGUAUCUACAUGAAUUUUUUUACCCUUUGUCCAAGGUUUCUGCCUUUAAUACAAGGUGCAACAUAAUUAAAUUCUUUAUACUACUAAAUAGUGAAUUUCUCUUCAGUGGUCCACUGGUGAAGACUACAACCCUUUUUAACAGUAUCUAUUUUCUUAAAUUGGGUGGAACCUACUGCUCAUGGUACUGCUCCCUUGGGGAUGAAAAUUAUUCUUAGUUUUUAUCUGAUGCUUUUAAUCACUGCUAAGCUUAUAGCUUGCCUGAUGUUAUUUUAGCUCUACAGUUGGUGACAAGAAAGGACUCUACAUUACUGAUGGUGUUCUCCAGUUUCCUGUCACUAAAAUAGGAAGCAUCAGUGAAGCCAAAAUUAAGAUAUGUAAUGGAUCAGGGGAAAUUCAGUACUUGGUUAGUCCAACGUGAUUUUCUCAUUUUUAAAUUAUGAGCACCUAUAAAAUGCAAUUAUUUAUGCAUAGUGUGCUCAUCCAUUGUCUGUAUGGUAACAAUCAAAGUGCUUCAGUUAGGAAAGAAUUUCAUACAACUCUCAGUAAUUUUAAUUUACAGAGUAAAAUGUUUUGUUUGAAUUUCUUGAACUCCAUCAGUAAUUACUGUAAACUGAGAGUUAAGAUGGCAUGACCUCAUUGUCAUGUAAUCUCGAAGAGGAUUAUAAACUGCCAAAAGGUCCAGUUCCUUAUCCUUAUUCAGGCAAGACCUUUUUCAUGUUACACAUCUGCCAGAGCAGGGAAACACGUUUUCUGGAUAAAGUGAUCUUGUUCUAAUUACAUGCAUUACCACAGUUUCGAAAUGAGUUUGUUUUGCCAUCAUCAUUAUCAUCGUCAUCAAGAUUGGUGACACUAUCUUGCCAGCAAGUCUUACUCAUUAUUGCUGCACUAAUGUCAUCAACAAUGAGCCAGGUCUCCCUUACUCUUCUGUGAAUCAGAUAACACUAUUGUGUAAAGCACUCGCAGCUGUAAAUCCAGGGGAAAAAGAAAUCAGAUUUUGCAAGACUUAGUUCAUGUCGCUAUGCCAAAUAAUUGGAUGAACCUUAUUUUUUGGUCUAUAGAUAUAAUAUCAAUGAUUGGCUCGGAUCAAAGAAAAGUUCUUCUCAAGCAACUUUCUCAGAAUGUACUAUCAUUUUCUGCAAUUCAAUAAUGGUCAGUUUUCCCUAGUCUGGCCCAGUUAUAUAAGUCACGUACACUAUAACUCAGGCGUGGAAGGACACUGUACAUGUAGGCUAUGUUCUGGUAAGGUUAUUAAUGUUUGUUCUCUGAAUAGGCACACAUUGCAUCACCUACAAAACCGUUCUCUGUAAAUAACAAGAAAUUCACGAUUAGGUAAGAGAAACUGCAUGGUUGUUUUGUACUAAAAUGGAAGUAGCCGACAAUUUAUAAGCUGAGUAUGACAGGCUCAAACUUACAGUCAAUUUGUGCAGUAUGUACUUAUUACAAUGUUUAACACAACAACAGCAUAAAGUAAAAGGCCCACUACAAUACAAUAGCAUUCACACACUAGACGUUUUACCUGAUUAAUUCCCAGUUGAGUGGUACUUGACCACUGGCAUGACCUUUCUAUAGCUUGAGUCAUAUUAGCAUUCUUUGUGUAGAUUUCUUUGGGUAGAUUACACGCUACUUUUAGCUCCUCUUUACCUUUUUUAAACUUUUGGCAUUAACAGCAAUAUGUCACUGUCAGUUGUAAUAUUGUAUGAAUUGGCUGAUUUAGCAAGAGAAUGAUGUCAGUUGACGAUGGGUAGGGUGUGUGGAAAGGACUAAACCUGACUUACAGUGCCCAAUUUGCCGCUCUACCAUUAGUCAUCACUGCCAUCGUGUUUUCUUUGCUAAAUCUGCCUAAUGUCUCUUCGUCCGCAGACCUGGUCGAUUUGUUAGAUUACCUGUGGUGUUUUCGCCUAAUGAACCUGGCAAAACAUUUGAGACAUCACUGGUGAUUACAGCUGAUCCUGAAGCCUUCCUCUCAGUAAAGAUUCAAGGUUCAAGUGCAGAAUGAUGUGACCUCUACUGUCUUUAAAAAUGAAGGGUUAUAUCAUGAAACGUCCAACAAUUCUCCAGUCUGUUUUGGAAAUUCCAAAGUAUAUCAGUAUCAUAGAAAUGCAAUGAAAAUCAUUAAUAUUUCAAUGUUCGUGGGAAUUUCGCAUCCAUCCACUAGUAACAAAGAGAGGCAUCAGAUGACUAACCACUGUAGAACCUGAGGAUCACUUCAGCAAAGCCAAUCAGAUUGCAGUAAGCAAACAAGCUUUUUGUAACCAAAGUUAUUUGAGUCCAUUUAAAACUCUGCAUAGUCUUUUGAAUUCAUUGUUUUCCUCCUCUAAUCCAAUUGGUUUAAUAGUUUUGGCAGUGUAAGGCUUUAUAACGGUUAGAGUGAAAGAGUUGCUAUGAAAAUUCUCUAAAUUAAUUUAUUAAUAACCAGGAUGUUUACAGAAGGUCAAAGUAAAAUAUAUUGCAAAUCCCUGGACAGUUUUGAUUCAAAUAAAUCAUUUUGCCUGCCAAAAACGUUUUUUGAUAUAAGAUAUUUAUGCAGUGUUUGUAUCAAACAAGAUCACCAGUCGUUGAAUUGUCACACAGAAAGACAGAGCCCCUCUUUACUUCAGGAGACUGACAGGGCCUGUACUUUGAAAUGAGCAAAGAACACAGCUCAAAUAGAACUAUAGUUGUAUUAAAUUUAUAUUAUUAUAAUAAAGUUAUUUAUUUUUCACAUAUGUACAGCAUGCUAACUUAACUAUAUUAUUAUGCAACAAAAAAUAAUAAUAAACCACUGUUAGAAACACAGGUUGGUAUCCAGAAUUGAC